GGCCCAAGCGCGCGCGCCGGCAGCUCUGGACACCUGUACGGCCGCGUCGCGCGCCUGCGUCCGCGCUCCCCGCCCCUUCGCCGCUGCCGAGCGCAGGUCAGGAGAGGAGGAGGACGGCGGGGGGGGGGGCAGCGCCGCGCGCAGCUGCCUUCCCAUUGGCCGCUGGCCGGAGUCCUUCUCCUGCCUUGCUGGGCUCUCCCGGGAGCGAGGACGUCGGCGGGGGCCGAUUGUCGCCGCCUGCAGCCAGUGCGGCCGGUGAGUCGCCGGCGCGAGAGAAAGAGAGCGCUGCAUGUCGGAGGAGGAGGAGGAGAAAGAGGAGGGGGCGGGUUCUCUCUCUCUCUCUCUCUCUCGGGCUGCCCCAACCCGGGAAGAGGGUCGCUGCGCCAAAGGAGAACUCCGGGGCGCGCGCUCCUCCCCCUGCAGCUGCAGCAGCCGCCACAGCAAAGCGCGGCGAGGCGGAGGGCUUCCUUCCCUUUCUCCCUCCCUCCCUCCGCCGCUCCCUCCCCUCGGUUAGUUUAGCCCAGCUGCUGGCCGCUUCCCUCCUUCUCCGGCGCCGCUGCGUGUGGGGGAGAGGAGGCCUCGUGCGAGCGCCGAGGAAGGGAAAGGAGGAAGGGUCCCCGCGCGCCCCGGGAAGCAACCUGGGCAGGCCGGCGCUGGCUGCCUCCCGAGAUGGAUGUGGUCUCCUCUGAGGCAGGCGCCUUUUAAACCGUGUAGUAGUAGCAGCGGAGGAGGAGGAGGAGGAGGCUCCUCCCGGUAGCACGUCCUAGUUGACCGGGUAACGGAGGGGGAGUCGCUGAGGAAUGUGGCGCCCGGGCGGCUCGGAGGCGCCUUCCUGAGGUGGAAAUGGUGGCUGCUCGCGCCGCUGCUCCGGCUUUCUCGGCCAGCGAAAGGUGAGGCGCGCUUGGGCGCUGCGCUUUGCUCUCUCGCCCGCGGAGGGGCUCGAUCCGGGAAACGAGCGUCGGUUCUCCCCUCCCCUUCCCUCCCACGGGCCGGCGCGUUUCCCAUUUGGCAGCUUUGGAGGAAGGGGGAAGGCGAGGGAGAGCCCCUCUCCUGUGUAUGGACGGGAGGCCGGGGAAGGAACGGCGCCUUCCAUUUGCCGUCGGCAGCGGUUCCUGGAGAGCAAAGUUGAGCAGCCCAAGGCCGCGCGCGGGCUGAUCCGCACCGCGAUUCUGAAACCGGGGUCGCCGCCUCCGCCGCUGCUGAUAUCUGGCGUUAACCGGUGCAUGUUGCAGUGUGCAGAUAACCACACCCCUCUUGCAAACGCAGGCGUUUGAAUUAAACAACUGUCUUUCCCCUUCCCCGUCCCCACCUCUGUUUCUUCAGGGAUUGCAGCCGCAAAAUGCUGGAGGAUUUUACCAGGGAUGUGAUGAGUUGAAAGGCGGCGACGGCCGAGUGUGUUGUUUUCCUUUCUGAGGAGUGGCAGCUAUCAUGACUGUCUUCAGGCAAGAGAACCUGGAUGAUCACUAUGAGAUCGGGGAGGAACUUGGAAGGUACCGUACUUGUCGGAAGGAAAAGUGCAUGCGAGGUGGGCCUGUAUCAGUAAGAUUGGCCCCCAGUAAGGACCCCCAGCAGAGGGUCUGUGGAGGAAGAGAAGCCAGCGGUUCUGUUGGAGGAAGCAGGAGAAAUGAGCAGACUGUGUUGGAUUGGAGUGUAAAUUCAUUUGCUGCUAACCCCAGUGAGCUGCUUAUAUGCCUCAGAUUAAGGAAUGUUCUGUGGUAUAUUUUAGAGUUAAUAUGUAAGCCAGAAGCAAAAUGUGUUACACUUGGCAUCGCUAUUAGUGUUUCAUAGAGAGGUGUCUCCUUGCAUACAUAUAUAUACUCAGAUGACAUUGCGUAGAAAGGUGAUUCUAAGCUAAAGCGAUUUUCUUCUGUAUGUAAGGCUGGAGGAUUGAAACAUUACAGUUGAUACUUGUAUGUCUAUUUUUAUGUUGAUUGCAAAAGUGGUUUGCAUAGGCGGGUGGAUUUUGUAUGCACACGAAGUUCUGAUGAUAACAGUAGUGAAUUAUUAGUGUAUGUGGAAGAAUGCAAACCAGUUUGCAAUAUUAAUACUAGCAUGCAAUAUUAAUAAUUUCUCCAGCUUCAUCUUGGUUCUUUAAGUAUGAGGGUGCCUGAAUACAGAUAAUUUCUAGCAUUUGUUUUCAAUCCAGUGGAGAUCGAUCUGUUUCAAGGUAUCAGAGUUCAAUUAUUCCAUUCCAGUCAAAUGUCAGAUCAAGAGAUUUAUAGUCAUUAAGCAGUGUAGAUUUAACACGGUCUCCAUAAAGCUUGUUAGUUGAAUACUACAGAAUGCUAUGUGUCUAUGCCACAGCUUUGUGCUGGAAAACCCAGACCAUUGACUAGAGAUUAUAGUUUGCUUUUGGUUUUAAAUCUCCUAGCUUAAUUGCUAAAUGAAGUGUGUGCUUUUUACAGUGUGUUGUGUUUGCUGCUUGCAUUUUAUCUUUUAAGGUAUUGCUAAUUUUUAAAUUUAAAAACUAGGGGAACUAUUGGUGCUUUGCAGUAUAGCACUCUGCAGUACACUAAGGGUAAGAUUUACCUAACAAACUCUAUAAGCUGCACAAGGGUUGCACAAUAAGGCUUUUUCCCUGAACCCCCAAAAAGGUUGGGUGAACCGCCAGCGUAGGAAUGGGAGGGUUCUCUAGCAAGCUGAUACACUUGCACAUUCACCAUAGUGUGAAGUUAAAUUUGCCCCUAAGUGUUUUAUUAUUCUUCACUACCAUCACAACAACUCUGUGGGGAAGAUUAAGUUGAGCCACUGACCUCCAUACCAUGAUUUGGUGUGGGUCUGCAAACAAUAGUUUAGAGAUGAGCAUUAACCAUGGUGUACCAAUGUGGACAUCAUGGCAAGCCAUGGUUAGCAAAAAGUAGUAAGUGGAUGUAGGGAACUUGCAUCCGAAGAGAGAACAUGCAUUUAUUUAAACCUAUAGAGAUGCUCCUAUUCACCAAACUCUUGUUUGUCAUUACAUCUAAACUGAGCUAGCAGCUUGACCAAAGUCUAUACUGUGAGCCUGCCCUGUGGAUGAAGGGGCUUUCACACUUGGAGAAAAAAGCAUUAGUGUUGGCUUCCAUCUUGAUUUUUGUUCUUGCUUAAAUGAGUUUACUUUUCCAGUGAUGUGUGUAUCAUACAAAAUUGUUAUACAAAAAUAGAAAUCUGAUGCUGCAGCCUUUUAUUUCAAUGCUGUAAACUUGGGGGGUUUGGUGGGGGGAGUGGAGAUGGGGAACAGUGUCCCUUCAAUUAUUGUGAAUUGAAUGUGCACUAUUUAGUGUAUAAAAGCUAAAUUCCGUACCUUGACAUGUUAUGUGGGAAUCCAUUUCUCCCUAAAAUGUACAGUAAAACAGUUGAUCGCUUUUAAUUCAGUAACCUUUAAAUUGGUUUCUGGCAAUCGUCAUACAGUGGCUGAUGGGAAAACAAAAGUAGUGCUCCCAUAAUUGGGCUUAAAUUUAAACAUGGAUGUUCUCCCAUUUUACUAAGGGCAGUGCUUCUUUUUGUGCAGAUUGCAUCAGUACUGAUGAUUCCCAAGUACCAUCUUAACAGGUAGUCACUAACAGUGCAAGCCUGUGCAUGUCUGCUUGGAAGUGAGCCCCACUGAGCUCAGUGGGACUUGUUCCCAGUAAGUGAAUAAAGAAAUGCAUCCUUCAACAGAAUACUGAUCAGAACUAAUUGGGACGAUUGUAGCAUGUGCAAUGUCACGGCAUUUGGGACUUUUUAAUAUAGAGAAAAGGCGAGUUGGAGGUGGCAUGAUGGAAGCAUAUAAAAUUAUGCAUGGCAUGGAGAAAGUGGACAGAAAUGUUUUGUUGGAAGCUUCAGGGCAGACAAACAUAGCUGUCAAGCGUCCCUUAUUUGGCGGGACAGUCCCUUAUUCCAGCGCCAUGUCCCGCUGCUGUCCCUUAUUAAUGAUGUCUCUUAAAUAAGCUACUGAAGGUAAUGGGGCCCUUUCUAUAUCCAGCUUGCUUUGUCAACAACAAAUUGUUGCUGUUUUUUUGUGUUGAAUAUAUGCUAUAUGGUAAUUUAAGGACCUAAUAGGUAUCUAAAGACAUUUGCACGCAACAAAAUAUGUAUUUUAUCAAAGUAAUUGUUGAUCCCUUAUUUUGGCUGCUGAUCCCUUAUUUUCAAGGCUGCUGGUCUCUUACUUUCAAAUCUGUAAGUUGACAGCUAUGCAGAUAAAGUACUUCUUAAUGCAGUGCGUAGUUAACAAGGAAGCUCUGCUGCUGUGACAGGAGAUGGUGAUGGUCAUCAACUUGGAUGCCUGUAAAUGAAGCUUGGUCAAAUACAUAGAGGACAAACCUUUCAGGGGCUACUAGCCAUGAUAGCAAUGUUGUGCCUCUGCAGGUGGAGGAAGUAUGUUUCCGAACGCAGGCAAACCCCGAUUUGUAUGGAGGUUAUAUUCUGGGUCAGGGGCCCCUGAUUCACAUGGAAGCACAAGAAGCACCUCUUUUGCCACACACGAGUCAGCUGGCUCGAUAGAGAGGUCAGCUGCCAACCUGGCGCCCAGCAAUCUCCACGUAGUCACAGUUGGAUCUGCAUCAGUAGCAAAGCAUGCCUGGUGCUUGGGGAAUUUCAAACACUGGGUGCUACCAAAGCAAAAUAAAAAUAAUGCACCAUGGAGAAAAUACGUAGUGUAGCAAAUAAGUUGCAAAUGAUUUCUAGUUAAGUUGGAAUCUAGCAUGUUCAUUUGUGUGCUGUUUUAGAAAGCUCUCUGAACUGGAUUAUCUUAAUUAAGGGAUUAAGUUGCAGCUCUACGCUGAGUCAAAUCACUGGACCAUCUGAUCCAGUGUAGUCUAUUCUGACUAGCAGAAGACCUCAAAGGUACGUGAGAUCCUUUAACUGAGGAUGCUUGUGACUGAGAAGUAGGUACCCUAUCUUUUUUAAAAUCAAUAAACAGAGUGAUAGGAGAUUUGAACCUACAGCCAUAUAGGCAAAGGCUGCAGCAUAAUUACCUGUUUUAAACCAGCGAGACAGAGUGUCCUGAAUACUUGCCAUAUGGACUGGAAGCCACUUCACACAAAUGCCUUGCUUUGUGGAGCUGUAAUCAAGUAAUUACCCAAAUGUUUUCUCACGUGGGCGGCAGUAACUAUAUGAAUCAGGCCUUAUAUUUGUCACCUUGAGAGUAGUUCUGUCAAAAUCAAUGAGACGCCCGGUUAAAAAUAUUUGAGAUUGGAAUGUAAAAUAUUCACUAGUCACAUUAUCUCCAUUAAAAUACCAAACUUAAAACUAAGAUAAGUACUCCCUUGCUUAUCUUUUAAACAGAUGUUUUAAGCAAUCGGCUCAUCAUGCAAUUUCAGAAGACCAAAGCAGAUUUCGGUGGAAAUGAUUAUGAAAUGCAAGCAAAUAUAAGCCUGUUUCUGUUUAGUUCUCUUGCGGUUGCAAGCAGUGUGGCUGUGCAUUUUAAAUAAACAAUUCUGCCGUUCUUUUAUGAUACUUUGUUGUUUCAAGGACUUUGUGUAUGCGGUUGCCACAGUGCUGCAUUCUUCUGAAACUUUUUUCAUUGCUCCUGAUCAAAACAGUCAAAACACUUAAUCCUCAUGAAGGUGGCUUAGUUUUACAAAGACCAGCCCUGCAUCUAGGAAAAAACACACAUUAAAAAACAGAAAAGUUGAAACUGCAAGAGUGCUGGUCAAGUCGUUCAUGAUAUGUUAAAUGAGCUAAAUGUGUGGAAGGCAUCUAUAAAAAUGUUCCCAUUGUGGAACUGGAGCAAGCCUGACUCACAACGACUCAUGCAGCUUUGCCUCUCUCAUGCAUACAGACAAGUUUCAUACAACUGCACAUUUAAUGCGCAGGUUCCUUCUCUCAAUCUCUGAAUACAGUUGCUGCAGGCAAAUGGGAACGCAGUUGCCAAUGAAACUUGUUUGACAGUUUUUCAUAGGUAUUCCACUGGUCAUUGCUGCAAACACUGUGUUCAGCUAAACGCACAUAAGUAACGUAAGGAGGCAGACUGAAUACAAGGCAGAGGUGGGGCCUCCAAUGCCUUGCGCCCCCACGACAACUUAAAUUAGGUGCUAGAAAGUUUACAGAAUCACAGAAUUGAAAGUGACCAUGAGAUCAUUUAGUUUAGCCCCCUGCCCUGCAGGAAUCUUAAACCCAACAUGGAACUCAAACCCACUACCCACUGAGCACAGUUGUAUCCAUUUUGCAGAAGGCAGAUGGCAGGAUCCUGCCCCAAAAUAGAUUUGUUUGAUUUAACAUCUCCAAUUACUAUUCCAUCCCAAUUGCACUUCAUUAGUUUUUCCCCUUGGCUUCCCCCCUCCCCAAAAGAAACUUUCCCUCUCCUCUCUGCCUCUCUGGAAGGCCUAGGAGAGUCUCUUGCAACAUUGCCUCACAAACGCGAGAGGCAUGCAUGGAAGGCAAGGGAGGGAAAUGAAGUGAGGGCUGCUUCUUGGGUCUGAGCUGCUUCCCUCACUUCUUGGCCUGGGUUGCUGAGUUCCUGCCAAGGCAGACCUUCGAUUCUUUUCCCUCCGUACUUUGGAAGUUGUUGCCUUUGCUUUGCUGGAGCUGGUGGUGCAAGUCAGCAACUGGGGUGCCUUUGGAUCGUGCCCUCCCACACCUACCUAGGAACUUUAUUUACUUUAUUAGGCACUAUCAGUGCUUUUUUCUAGGGGAAAAAGGUGCCAGUUCAGCACUUUUGAGUACCACCAGGAAAAAAAUCAGAGUAUACUUUAGUCCAGAAAGAGUUCAGAAACUCCCAAUGAUUUCAUUGAAGUGUCUAGUUGAAAGUUGUUAGCACUUUAAAAAAUCUUAUCUUUGAUGGAAUGUACACCCAUAUUUGAGUCCCUAUCCAGGAAUUGGAUGUUAUCUCACAGAGCAAAUACUUAGUAGCUACAACUAUUUGAGUCCUACUUUGGUAUGUUGUAUAGAGUAAGUAACCAUGGAACUUUCAACUUUGUUGGAAUAAACACUCAUAGCAGUGCACCUUUCAGUUGGCUCUUGGCUUCAGCUGUUCUGUGUGUUUUAAUACAGUGAGUGGUAAAUAAGAGGCUUACAGAAUAAGAUUGUGUUUGAAGUACUUAUAUUAAGCUAAACGCUUGUUGAAAUUGCAGGCCCACAGCCUGAUGCAUUCAGAUCCAUUCUAAUAUGCUUGGAGAUGCCUUUUAAAAAAGAAGGAAUAUACUAUGCAGACUAGCUAGAGUUGUGCAACGACCCUUCCUCUAGUAACGUCCUGUUAUAUCUACUUUAGGGGAUGAGAGCUUUGCUAUUCAAUACAACUUUUGCUGCCUUGACACUGGUUGCAUUUGGACAUCACAGUAAGCUAUGGUUCACUGUGAUGGAAAUAAGCCACAGCAAGCCUUUGGGUGCAAGGCAGAGAUCUAAGGCAUUAGCUUCCAUUUUUGACUAACCACAUUAAAGUAUUCUAUAUGAACCCUAAACUCUGGUUAGCAGCAAUUAUGGUUCGCUCGAAACAAGCCAGCUUCAAAAACCACAGUUUGUUUCAAACAAACUAUAGUUAAGAUUAAUCAGAGUUUGUCAAUGUUUGGACAUGCUAAAUUCUAAAGCUUCCUAACUUCUUCUAGUGGCUGCAUUGGAGAGACUGAGGGAGUGUAUGAGAUGAAGAUCAUCAGGCUUUAUCCUUGAGCUCAAAUGCAACCACUGACUCAAAUCAACUUACCUGUGGUAUGGGUUCACCAAAUUAACAAAAUAUAAUUUGCAAAUCGGAAUCUAGGUUUUGAAGUGGGUUUGCAAACUAAGUUUAGCAAUAUGAAUUGUCAUCUUUUAAAAUCUACAAGUAUUCCAAUAAAAAUAAUUUCUUAUUGCAACUCACCAUAAUUAAUGAAUCCCUUUAUCAAACAGCCUGGGGUGGCUAUCAAGUAGUAAAUUCAUGAGAAAUAGAAGAAGAAGAAGGGAAGAAAGCCAACAAAAAACCGUGAAAUAACAACCAGCACUAGCAAUCACUACUAGUGCUAUUAAACCGACAGGGCCACUUCCACUAUGAACCAAAGACCUGCAAAAAUAGAUGAGUCUUAAGCUGCCUCCUAAAUCAAAACAGCGCUGGGACUGGGUAGCUCAAAGCUGAGAGGGAAGUCCAUAACUAGAGUGGUGCCAUGGAGAAAACCUGUUAGAUACAUAUUGGUAAACCUUUGAAUCUGUUUGAAUAUAACAUUUCAACCACACUUAGGCACAAUUUAUUGUGCCCCGCCCCCAUCAAACGUGUUAGAAAAACUUUUACAGCAGUUCUGUUUUUAAAUGCAAGUCAAAUAAUAAUUGAUAAAUCAUAUCCCAGUUGAUUUACAGCUGUGGACAACCCAUAUCUGCUACCCCAGCAACACUCAGCCCAAAUUUCUGUAUUGCUUGCCCUUGAGGUUACAUCACUGAUGCUAUUUUACCUGCCUUUUUAUCACAGUGCCCUGUGCUCUGCCCAUAUUACUUAGAACAUAAAAGGACAAUUGAUACUGGACCUGGGACUAAAGUAAGGGGAGGAACACAAAUUAAAUUUCAUGGGGCCACGUGAAAAUUAAACGUCUCUCCCCGUCUCAGUUCCAUACUAUUUGCUAUACUGUAUAGAUUUUUCGAAACAGUAGACUAAACUGUGUCUGUAACUGUCUGUAAUUGAAAUACAUCCUUGCUUUAAAAACCUUAACGUUAUCUUGGCAAACUUGUGUUUCCAGUUCUUUGUUUGCCAAGAUGCAUUGGGGGGGAGGGGUGGACGGCAGAGAUGGCAUUUGUAGGAAAGAAGCAGUGGGCAUGCAGGAGAUAAGGCUGCUUAAAACCCAUGUCUGGCAGUCCUCCCCUACAACUCUUCUGCCUCCCCACCCAAAGUUGGGCUGGCUUCCAGUUUCAGCAGUUGGCUGAGAAAAAUGAUUUAAAAACAGGCUUGAGGUUGGGUGGAUUGAUUUUUAAAUCAGUGAUGUUAAAUCAUCUAGGGAAAAGGCUGCUUUUCAGCUUGAUUGACACACUCAGAGCCAUUUAUUUUAACCUCCAUUCCCACUGUUCUACUCUCCAGAUGAACAAUGAGCUGCCUUGCCUUGCAGAGUAUUUAGAGGAGGAUUGCAAAGAAGCUGCGAAGCACACUGAAAUCAAAGUUGCAAUCGUGCAUGUGUUUUCCUGGGAGUAAAUCCUAUGGAACAUGUAGGACUUGCUUCUGAGCACUCGUAUAUAGGGUUUUGCUAGUCAUAUUAAGUGUGGGAGUGGGAGUUAUACUUGAGGAGGGGGCAUUGCAGUUGUAGAAUUCCUGUUUGAUUGGGACUUGUAGGUGAGCCCAGAAACUACUCAGGCAUUUUUAUCAAUCCCCGUCCCCCUGAUUAACACCUCAUGGGGAUGGUGCCAGGGUCAACACUACCUCCAUCACAUCACAGUUCUUGCAGCCCUUCAUAUGUUGGAGACUGAGUUAGCAUAAAAAGCAUCUAGCCGCAUUGGCACCAGGGCUCGUCUAGUCUAGCAUUCUGUUCUUGCAGUGGCCAACCAGAUAUAUGUGGAAAGCUCAUAAGCAGGACCCAAGUGCAGUGGCUCUCUCUUGACUCGUGGUACUCAGAGGCAAACUGCCUCCAACAGUGGAGGUAGUGAGGAGAUUUCACCCCUCCCAUAUCCAAGAAUCUCCUGAGGAGUCUGCUGAUUCUCCAGAGAGGAGGAGGCGUGUUCUGCUCUCUACUUAUUCUGCUCCAGCACCAAGUCAGUCAGUCAGUCAGUGUCGGAGAGAGAGAGAGACUGAGUGUUAGAGAUCGUGUGUAGAGAUAAGGUUGCUGCUAAGAGCAGCUGCAGACACUCAGUGCAGCGCAGCAUUUAUUUAUGCUUAGACCUAUUUAGCUCUGUAUAUAGUUGUAUAAUAGUUGUAGAUAGAAUAAAGAAGAUAUUCUACAGAGCUGCUCUCCGAGUUGUUUAUAUACUCUGCUGUACUCUGCUAUGCGAUGACUGUCUUCUUGUUGGAGUGAAUCCGGUGCUCACAACUCUAAGCUGUGAGUCCACAGCACUUUGACCUGUUCCUGUGCAGAAGGUGGUCUCUGGAAGUGCUACCCAGCUCGCCUAGCCCAGUCAGGGCUGAAGUGGAUGAGUCCAGUUGGUGGCACUGGCUCAAGGGCGAUGCUGACAGGUAGAACAUAGCAACUGUGGGUAGUAGAUGUGGAUAGCCUUAUCCUUUAUGAAUUUGUCUAAUCCUCUUUUAAAGCUGUUUAGGGGCCCAUCCACAUUUCCACUUGAUUUCUUAAUAUUGUUACCUGUUCAGCAAGGAGAGAUCUCAUUGAUACACCUGUACAGUGUGCUAGUUCUGGUGCUAGAUUCCUUUAUACGACAUUCCCUUUUGGGACUCAUUAGCUCAGAGAGGUUGGAAGAGAUUCAGCAGCUGAAGAGGGAACCAGCAAGGGGAGAGAAGCUGAACUGAGGGAGGUGAAAGGGCUCAGACAGGUUGGAAGAGACUCAGCAGCGGAAGAGGAAACCAGCAGGGGAGAGAAGCUGAACUGAGGGAAAGGGAGCUGGGGGAGGGCUCAGAGAGACGUCCCGCGAAAACCGUGGAGAGGUCUCCGGACCUCCUGGAGCGACACCCCCUCCUCGCCGGAAACUGUCCCGCAGAGAGUCCAGAAGACGUGUUUCCGUUAAGGAGCUUUUAUGUUGGAAGCGACACGAAAGCAACCACUGUCGGAAUCUUCUAGUGACUAGAGGAGCCAUGUCAGAGGGGCUCAGUCACAGACAGAGGUUUGUGGACUUGAACAAACUCUGAGGGAAUACGAUUUUACGCACAAGCAGCUCAUAAUCCCAUCACAGCAUUCCGACAGUCUUUGAACGCAGCUUGUGCAGGAGAAGGCAUAAUGAGCAACCCAGCAGGAACCGGAGAAGCAGGGGCUGGAGCGGGUCCAAGCCUGGAAGAAAGGUACCGGGUGUUGGAGGUCCAGCUGGCGCUGCAGACGGCGAGGCUGGAGGAGAGGAGGGCUCAAGAUGCAGACAAAGGGAGAAAGCCACCCAGCUCGCCAGAAAGGUACCAGGAUUGGUGCAGAAAUUUGGGGGGGAGCCCAAAGACUAUCAUAGCUUUCGGACAGAAAUGCAAUAUGCCCUCAAUCUGCAGUUUGAUGAUUUCCCUGAUGAGGAAUCACGAGUGGCUUUUGUGAUUGGGCAUCUUGAAAAGGGGGCGAGAGACUGGGUGAGACCCCUGAUGGCAGCGCAUAGUGACGUCCUAAAGGACACGAUGAAGUUCUUUCGCGCCAUGGAUCUGAUGUUUUCCAGCGAUAUUGAAAAGGGAGUGGUGCGCAGACAGUUAAUGGCUUGCAAACAGGGGAGCCGAUCUGUACGUGAGUACUGGACUGAGUUCACCAUGCUGAUACACAGAUUGGGGUGGGACUUAUCGGCGGAACCCAUUCAAAUGCUCUUUGAAGAAGGGCUUUCUUCGGCUGUGAAAGAUGAACUUUCCCGGGCGCCCAGGGCGGAGUCUAUGGACCAGCUGACCAAAUCAGCGCUGGCCAUAGGAGCGCGCCAGGAGGCGAGAGCAUUGGAGAGGCGGGAAGGGAAAGGGGAACGUUGGAAGGAGUUCCGCAUUCCAGACAUUCCAGAGCCAACUGUCCCGCCGGCAGAGCCGAUGGAAAUCGGAACAGCGCGCGCGCGCGCAGCUUCAAAGCCCAGUGAGGGGGGAAAGAAGGAUGGAAAAGGCGCCCGGAAAUGCUAUCUCUGCCAACAGCCAGGGCACUUUGCCAGAGUCUGCCCCCAGAGGAAGGAAUGGCAAGGGAUGGUGGGAGCUGUGGAGGGAAGAGAGGAAAAAAUACCGGAGCAACUAAAAGCCAACGCCUGGCUGCCAUUGUCGGGGCACAGCAGCCAGGCCAAAGAGCAGUGAAAGUGCCCACUCCAGAACCUCCUAAACCCGCCCUAGUGAUAGAAGUGACACUAGAGCUGCCAAACGGACACCCUCUAAAGAUAAAGGCGCUGUUGGACUCAGGCAGCUCCUGCAAUUUCAUGAGCAAAGAGUUUGCAGCUGAACACCAGAUACAGACGCUCCCUUUAAGCAACCCCCUGCAGGUAACCACGAUCGAUGGCAGGGAGCUGUUGGGAGGAGAAGUCAGCUUGCAGACCGUCCCAAUGAUAAUGAAGGUGGCAAGGCACACCGAACUAAUAGCAUUUAAUGUGGCCACCUUGGGAGGAGCUCCCAUUAUAUUGGGGAUGAGCUGGCUAGCGUUACAUGAUCCGCUGGUGGGCUGGCAUCAAAGAGUGGUUUCUUUUGGGUCAGCACAUUGCUUAGAACAUUGCAAAGAGGGAAGGGUUUUGGCAGGGGCCCAAGCCACUCUAGCAGGGACUGAAGUGACGGAGAACGUGAAGGUACCACGACAAUACGCAGAUCUCCGCGACGCCUUCAGCGAAAGGGAAGCUGACCAACUACCACCGCAUAGAGCCUUUGACUGUCAAAUCAAUUUGCUCCCUGGGGCACAGCUCCCUGUGGGCAAGCUGUACGCCAUGUCAGACAGAGAGAUGCAGGAGCUAAGAGAGUUCAUUGACAAGAACCUGAAGAGAGGGUUCAUCAGAGAGUCCAGGGCGGUGGGGGGCAGCCCAGUGUUUUUUGUGGACCAAAAAAACACGAACAAGCCGAGACUGGUGUGUGACUUCAGGGCCUUAAAUGCAGUGUCAGAACCAGUGGCCUUCCCGAUGCCCAGGAUUGACGACAUUUUGACAAGGGUGCGGAAGGGAAAGAUUUUUACCAAGCUGGAUCUAAGGGGGCGCAUAACCUGAUACGAAUAAGGAAGGGGGAUGAAUGGAAAACCACCAUGUUCACCCCUUUAGGGGCAUUUGAAUACUUAGUUAUGCCCUUCGGUCUACAAGCAGGCUCCGCAACAUUUCAAUCGUUUAUGAACCACGUCCUGGGGCCGUUGCUUUACAAGAAUUGUGUGGCCUUCUUAGACGACGUGUUGGUGUAUUCUGAGAAUGAGGAGCAGCAUGUGAGAGACGUCAGAGAAGUGUUGAGCAGGCUGCAAGCCAACCAGCUGUGGGUGAAACUGGAGAAGUGUCAGUUUCAUACCAAGGAGGUGGAAUUCCUGGGGUAUCGCCUGUCUGACAAGGGGUUGGCCAUGGAUCCCGACAAGGUCCAGGCGGUACUGGAAUGGAAAACACCCAAAACAAGGAAGGAUGUGCAGAGGUUUUUAGGGUUUGGGAACUUCUAUCGUAAGUUCAUCCCAAACUUUGCCCACCUGACGGCGCCCAUUACGGACUGUCUCAGCAGUAAGAAGAAGUACGAUUGGACGGAGUAUGCGGAGCAAGCAAUUGAGGAACUAAAAGGGCCUUCGCCUCGGAACAACAGCUCCUGCAUGUGGAUUUACAAAACCGAUGAGAGUGGAAACUGACGCAUCAGACAGAGCGGUUGGGGCGGUGCUUCUCCAGCCAGGGAAGGAGGAGUCAGAGUGGAGACCGUGUGCUUUUUUUCGCGAAAGCUGAACAAAUCCGAGAGGAACUACACGGUGUAUGACCGAGAACUACUAGCCAUUCAUGAGGCGUUCCGGAGAUGGAGGCACCUGCUAAUUGGCGCACAACAUAAGGUGCAAGUGUGCACUGACCACAAGAACCUAGAGUAUUGGAGGACGGCACGAGUGCUCAACCAACGGCAAGUGAGAUGGGCCCAGGAAUUCUCCAAAUUUAACUUUGAGAUUUGUUACGUGCCAGGCCCAGAGAACAUUAGGGCGGACGCUCUCUCACGCAAACCUGAAUAUUGGGAGGGGAGGGAGCACCCGAAGAGAGACAUGUCAUUCCAGAGGACCGCUGGGUGUGUGGGGCGGCAUUGGUGGGACAAAGAGAACUGGUAGAAGAAACAGAGAAUGAUGAAUACGCCCAGAAUAAGCUCAGAGGUCUUAGGGAUGAGGGAGAGGAAUCAAGGGGUUUCGAGGAAAGAAAUGGAGCUUUGUAUUACAAAGGGCACUGUAUAUCCCUGAAGGAGACUUAAGGGGAGGGUACUCAAGCAGUUGCAUGACAGCCCCACGGCGGGCAUUUUGGGCAACACAAAACCAUGUGGUUGGUCACCAGGGAAUUUUGGUGGCCUAAGGUGAGGGAGGAUGUACGUGAGUAUGUAAGAGGGUGCGAGCAGUGCCAGCGAGCCAAAGGGGAAAGGCGGGCGCCGGCGGGGCUAUUGGAACCCUUACCAACACCAGAACGACCUUGGGAGGCAGUGUCGAUAGAUUUUAUGACUGAUCUGCCGAAGUCCAAAGGGAAAACAGCCAUCAUGGUGGUGGUAGACCUACUAACAAAGAUGUGCCACUUUGUAGCUUGCUCGCAUGCAGUCACGGCGGAAGAGACAGCGAAGUUAUUUGUAGAACACAUUUUUAGGUUGCACGGGGUGCCAUUGAGGGUGGUCUCAGACCAGGAACCGCAACAGGUGGAGAGAAGUGUUCGAGACAUCGGAAGAUGAAGGAAGUUCAUUCCGGGGUUUUGCCUCCUCACCGCCCGUAGAGGAGGGGGCGAGAGGGGGUGAAGGGGGCCCUGGAGGGGAGGUGGAUGUCAGGGAACUGCCAUCGGAAGGAAGGGAGGUGAAAGGACUCAGACAGGUUGGAAGAGAUUCAGCAGCUGAAGAGGGAACCAGCAAGGGAGAGAAGCUGAACUGAGGGAGGUGAAAGGGCUCAGACAGGUUGGAAGAGACUCAGCAGCGGAAGAGGAAACCAGCAGGGGAGAGAAGCUGAACUGAGGGAAAGGAGCUGGGGGAUGGCUCAGAGAUACUUCCAGCGAAAACAGUGGUGAGGCUUCCGGACCUCCUGUGGCGACACCCACUCCUCGCCGGAAACUGUCACGCAGAGAGUCCAGAAGACGUGUUUCCGUUAAGGAGCUUUUAUGUUGGAAGCGAUCACGAAAGCAACCACUGUCGGAAUCUUCUAGUGACUAGAGGAGCCAUGUCAGAGGGGCUCAGUCACAGACAGAGGUUUGUGGACUUGAACAAACUCUGAGGGAAUACGAUUUUACGCACAAGCAGCUCAUAAUCCCAUCACAGAAGGAGACAAUGGCAACAGUCAUGAACAUCAUAGUAAACUAUAGUUAAAGAUUUAUUGUUCUAGGAAGAAUCAGAUCAGAAUUCUCAGUUUAGUGUUGUGUCCAAGACAAAGGGUUUGGUUUGUUUCACUCAGAAAAAAGUCACAAGGUAUAGCCUAGGCUUUUCUUGGCUUCCUAAUCAUAGCUUGUAUGAACAAAACAAUCUAUAGAAACAAACCCUGGUUACAAUCUUAAUUCUAAGCCCAAGGGCCAUGGUUUCUUUCUCCCCAGCACUAGCAAGGAGGUAGUGGAUAUGACUAGGUCAUGCACAGUAAAUAACUAUGGUUUACUGUGACACCUGAAAGUUAACGGCAGGUAGAGGGUCUGCCAAACUGCCAGGCAGAAACACUUGUGAAAGCAGCUGCAUUCCCACUUGUAAACACCAGGUUGCUGAAAGGACCUGGAUUUCAAAAAUUAGGUUUUAUCACAUUAAAAAUUCAUCGUGCAUAAGGCCCAGUUUACAUGCACCAGCUGCAGCAGUAAUACGUCUGAAUAGUAUGAAUUCAUGGACAGGGUCAGUCUCUUGGCCUUUUCCAACUGAUAACUGAUCCAUACUACUACUACUACUACUACAAGUGUUAAUAAAUGGGACCUAACCAUGAUAUGGGAUGAGGGUGAUGCUGUGGUCUAAACCACUGAGCCUAGGGCUUGCUGACUGGAAGGUCGGCGGUUCGAAUCCCCGCGACGGGGUGAGCUCCCGUUGCUCGGUCCCAGCUCCUGCCAACCUAGCAGUUUGAAAGCACGUCAAAGUGCAAGUAGAUAAACAGGUACCGCUCCAGUGGGAAGGUAAAUGCCGUUUCUGUGCGCUGCUCUGGUUUGCCAGAAGAGGCUUAGUCAUGCUGGCCGCAUGAUCCGGAAAAACUGCAGACAAAUGUUGGCUCCCUUGGCCAGUAAAGUGAAAUGAGCGUCUCAACCCCAGAGUCGUUCGUGACUAGACUUAACUGUCAGGGGUCCCUCUACCUUUACCUUUAACCGUGAUAUGUUGUUGAAAAAAUAGUUGUGUAGCAAAAAAACCCCAAACCCCUUUUAACCAUAACAAUGUUAUUUGGCAUUUGCUAGAGGAAUUAAUCUUGCUGUACUUGUUUCUUGUUUUCAGAAGAAAACAAGAAGAUGCUAUAGCAUCUUCUGAAACAAGUAUUAUAAGCUAGAGUUGCCUUGGGAAUGUUGUGGCAUUUGUUCUGAUUGUCCCCUAUGGAAGGUUUGAGGGUAGGGGGAAGAAACGAUCCACUUGUCUGUAUGUGUGUUUUCAUUUGUAUUGGCAGCGCCACAAAGAAAAUAUGAACCGUGUCCCAAUGCUACCGGUAGUUCUCAAGACAGUGUUUAUGACUGAAGUGUGCAGUUAAGUGCUUGAGAGCUCUGAAACCAUAAGAGUUUUGAAUCUAUUUAGUUCCCCUUCUUUUCUUUUCUCUUAGUAAGGUAGAAAGGGGACUGGUACCUUCGUGAUCUCAAAACUCCUUUUAGAGGGACUCAGUUAUGUUGGCACAAUGUUCUACCCCACCCAUUGUUUAACUCCCUUUUAUUGCCAUUUAGAUUGUCUAACUGGCUGUGUUUUCUUAGUUCUGUUUGUUCGUUUUUGUUUGAUGUGUUAUACUGCACCAUGUUGUGAAACAUGAAUAAUUUUUUAAAAAACCUCAUAAUCCUCAUGAAUUUGCUAUCCCUCAUAAAUGCGCAUGAUUCACGGGUCCUCAAAACCAUCUGCAUCAAGAUCCUACAUCAAUCUUCUUCCUACAAAAGUGUUUAGGUAUGCUGUUCUGACCCCAUUAUAGUACGCUUAUUACCCUAGUCCCAUGUCCUUGUACUGAAAUGGUGAUGUGUAGGAACCCCAUGGUUUCUUUGAUCUGAGGCACUGUGUACAGCCUGUGUUCCUUCAUCUCAUCCCUCACCCACCUCCUCUGCUUGCUGUGGCUGAAAGAAAUCAUAUUCUACUCCACAAUAUGAAGGGUUUGAUGAAUCCACCAGUGAAUGGACCAAUGGAUGCAUUCUGCAUCAUGUCUCAGAGCAUCCUUAUCUAGUCUCUAAGGCUGCAGUUCUAAGCCUGCUUACUUGGAAGUCAAAGUCAGCCUUAUUGAUAAAUUAUCAUCAUCAUCAUUCAGUAGCUAGAAAAAUAGGCACAUCAACCAUAUAUGCACCCUGGAAAUUUCUUUCUUUGAUUUUAAUAUCCACUAAAAAAAAAUUAAUGCAUCCAUGUUCAGAAAACAUUAGCUAUGAGGGAUUGGCAUAUGACUGCUUGAGUACUGGUUUGUCAGUUCCUGGCUUACUGGGAAAUCUUAAGUGUAUUUUAUUUUAUAUGUUCUAGGACAAAACUGUAUCUGUUACUUACAUAAAGUUUCAAAAGUUCUAAUUAUUAUUUGCUGGAAGUCUUGUAUAACAUCUGAGGACAGAAUAAAUCUUCUUUUGUCUCCAUUCAUGCAUUCCUUGACCUUCAUCUGUCUCAAUUUAAAGAGCAGGCUUUGACCUAAUUGCUUAGUUCCAUGUGAUCACAGUUGUUUCCUACAUCUAAUCAGCUAGGCCUCUAGCCAUAAAUUCUUUUUUUAAAGUUGUGCUUUUUAGUUAGUGAAUUAGCAUCAGUAGGAGAUCUAAGUUACAGCUGUUAGAUUUCCCACCACUUUCUUUCAUGUUUCCUAUCAUUGUUUGCCACAAUGUUUUUUGGAGUGCACAAUAUAUCCUCUGAUCAAGUGCAGAGUAAAUUGAGCAAAUGAAUUGACAGUUGUAGAGUAAAAGUAGAUGAAACAGGCCUUGCAAACAAUAAUGGCUAAAUAGAUGUGCUUGGAGGAUUACUUCCUACUUAUGCCUAAAAUUCAGCUAUCAGACAAGUAAUCCCCCCCCCCCAACUGAUAUAAAUAAAUUAAAUUUGGGAGACUUAAACCUAAAGAAAGAAGAUUAAAACAUUAGCUAGUAUUCCUGGCAAGUAGUCCUCAGUUAAGUCUGGUAACUUCUCAACAGAGUUGGUUCACAUACCGUGACAGGCUAUGGUUUGCACUAAUCAUGGUUUAGAAGCCAAAUUUGAGUGCAAAUGUAACUUGCUAUGCAAAGCUCUGUCCUUGUGCUAUGUUGCCUUUCAGUUCACCUGCCUCUCAGCGGAGUUCUAGGACACUGUCCCAAAUACAGUAGAUCUCGCAUGUGUGACUGCUGGCAGAAUGACUUUAUUUGUGGCGUCACUUUGUAAUUUGGCUACUGCUAUGGACUAUGGAAGCUGUCUGUGGACAAACGCUGCUCCCUCGGCCUAUAGAGCGAGAUGAGCGUGCAACCCCAGAGUCGUUUGCAACUGGACCUAAUGAUCAGGGGUACCUUUACCUUUUAUGGAGUUCAAAGGGACGCGGGUUAAACCACUGAGCCUAGGGCUUGCCGAUCAGAAGGUCGGCAGUUCGAAUCCCCGCGAUGGGGUGAGCUCCCGUUGCUCGUCCCUGCUCCUGCCCACCUAGCAGUUCGAAAGCACGUCAAAGUGCAAGUAGAUAAAUAGGUACCACUCUGGUGGGAAGGUAAACGGUGUAUCCUUGCGCUGCUCUGUUUUGCCAGAAGCGGCUUAGUCAUGCUGGCCACAUGACCCGGAAGCUGUACGUUGGCUCCCUCGACCAGUAAAGCAAGAUGAGCACCGCAACUCCAGGGUCAUCCGUGACUGGACCUAACGGUCAGGGGUCCCUUUACCUUUACCUAUGGAGUUCAAAUAGUUGAUUACUUGCCUGCUUAACAACAUUCUCUCAGCUGUCUUCUCCAGCACCAAUUUCCAAAGCAUCGCCAUCCCUUCACACACACAUACACACAUCUUUCUGUCCAAGACUAGUGCAUACAUUUUGCUGGGGAAAUUAUUUCUGUUGUGAUGGCUGUAACAUGAUCUAUUCAGUUGACCCAUGUUUGUCCCCUACCACACCACCCUCAGCUCCAGCAUAGCACGUCUGCUGUACUUUGGAACUGUAUUCUCUUUUCUAGUAUGAUUUGUCCUGUUUUUACAGUCUGUUCUCUGAAGUACCUGUGUUCAACCAGAGGUAAUUCAGCAGUGCACUGAUUCCUGAUGGUGUUAAACUAGUGUCCACUUUGGAAUUGUACCUCAACUUCAAAUUUUGCAUUCAUAGCAUUGAGCGGUACAUGGAGCCAAUAUAAAGUGCAUGCCAUUUACAAUUCCAUCACUUUCCAGUUUGCAGAGGUCAUUAAUGACCUGCUUAGAGAACAAUAACAAUGAUUUUUUUGCUUGAAAGAGAAAACUAAUUCCAUAAACAAAUUAUUGUACAGUAAUGUGAAUAUAGUCGUAUGAAUUGGAGAAUUCCUAUGGGUGUCUUAGAGAUGUCAGUAACAGCAGCAUAUCAGCAGGGUGGUCAACGUCCACAUACCCCCAUUUUCAAAGCACACAAAGAUGCUGUAUUUUCCUUGGGAAUAUAUUGUGAAUCGCUGUGUAUCCUUCUAGCUACAGUUUUAUUCCAAGAACAGAUACAUUUAGAACUUAGAAAAUAACUUCAGUGUUUUCAGUAGCCUUGAAGCAACUGAGUUUAUGGCUAGAAUAAAAUUAUUAGUAAGGUUGCUCUCUUUUAGUGUCUUUAACUGAGAAACAGGCAUUAGGUAUUAAAUUUUACAAUUCUCAAAGCUUGUUAGGAAUAUGGCUGCAAAUUCUUUUUCUUACUUGUUGCUGCUGUUUCCAUGCAAGGUAGCUAAAUGAUGCCUAAUGCUGGAGUAUUGUUUGUUUGUUUUUAAAUAUAUUUUUAUUAAAGAUUUCCUGGUUUACAAAAGUAUGUGCAAUAUCUCUUUUUUUCAAGUUACGUUUUCUACAGAUCAGUUUCAUUUGUUGUGAGACAUUAGUGUUACAUUAGGAAGAAAAGGGGAAAGAGGUAGAGAAUAGUGAGUGAGUGUUGUUGUUGCUUUUAGUUGCAUACUUUAAGAAUACAAUACAAGCCUGUGGCCCCUUCCUAUUUGAUAACUAGGUAGGUAUAAUGCAAGUGCUAAUGCUAUUCUAGGCUGCAUCAACAGAAGUAUGGUGUCCAGAUUAAGGUAAAGGUAAAGGGACCCCUGACCAUUAGGUCCAGUCGCGGACGACUCUGGGGUUGCGGCGCUCAUCUCGCUUUAUUGGCCAAGGGAGCCAGCGUACAGCUUCCGGGUCACGUGGCCAGCAUGACUAAGCCACUUCUGGCGAACCAGAGCAGCGCACGGAAAUGCUGUUUACCUACCCGCCGGAGCAGUAACUAUUUAUCUACUUGCACUUUGAUGUGCUUUCGAACUGCUAGGUUGGCAGGAGCAGGGACUGAGCAAUGGGAGCUCACCCCAUCACAGGGAUUUGAACUGAAGACCUUCUGAUUGGAAAGCCCUAGGCUCUGUGGUUUAACCCACAGCGCCACCCAAGUCCCAUUAAGAGAAGUAAUACCACUCUAUUCUGCCUUGAUCAGACCACAUCUGGAAUACUGUGUCCAGUUAUGGGCACCACAAUUUUAGAAGGAUGUUUACAAGUUGGAAUGUGUGCAGAGGAGGGCAACUAAGACAAUCAAGGGUCUAGAAACUAAGUCUUAUGAGGAACGGUUGAAGGAGCUGGGUAUGUUUAGUCUGGUAAAGAGGAGACCCAGAGGAGAUAUUAUAGCCAUCUUCAAAUAUCUAAACGACUGUCACAUGGAAGAUGGAGCAAGCUUGUUUUCUCCUGCUCCAGAGAGUAGGACAUGAACCAAUGGCUUCAAAUUACAAGAAAGGAGAUUCCGACUAAACAUCAAGAAGAACUUUCUGACAUUAAGAAUUUUUCAAUAGUGGAACGGACUCCCUCUGAAGGUUGUGGACUCUCCUUCAUUGGAGGUUAUUAAGGAGAGGUUGGAUGGCCAUCUGUCCUGGAUAGUUUAGUUGAGAUUCCUGCAUUGCAGGGGGUUGGACUAGAUGACCCUUUGGUCCCUUCCAAAUAUGAUUCUAUUAUUCUAAGUAUGUAUUUUAUUUUAUUUUAUUUCCAGUACCUGAAAUAAAAGUAAUUAUUUUACCAAGUAGUUUUUCCACUUUGUGGGUUUAGAUUUACUAAGUAAAUAAAUAACUGGAGAUUCCUACCACCACCACAGCAUAUGAGCACAACACACCAAGAGGAGUGACUGAAUCUCCAUAGGAUGUUUCCUACCACCAAAUAUCAAACUCUCAUUUCUCAUCCUGGUUUGUUUUUCCUAACUAGGGUUUAAGCAGGUGUUUCCCAAACUUGGGUUGGGUCUCCAGCUGUUUUGAGACUACAGUUCCCAUCAAUCCUGACCCACUGGUCUUGUUAGCUAGGGAUGGUGGGGGUUGUAGACCAAAAACAGCUGGAGACCCAAGUUUGGGAAACACUGGUUUAAACAGACAAUAGUCCCUAAUUUAAGACAGAACAGAGAGCUGUAUAGGAAAUAGAAGCUUCCAGUCUCCUGCUAUGCUGAAGGUGAGGAAGAAGCACAUGAUCUCAGGUCUUUCUGUGUCUUGUUUGAAAAGCAGGAAACUAUGGUUUUCUGACUUGAGCCUGGUUUAAGAGUCAUUGAGCAUCCUGAUCCCAAUAUGCCAAACAAUAGUUUGAAGGACCGAGAAUGUGCCACAGGCUUUCGCACUCUUCCAUUUCCAAGUCAGUCCUGGUUAAUGCUAACCACAGUGUCUCCAAUUAAUGCAUUAUGGCAAACCAAGAGAAACGAAAGAAAUUCAAACAUUUUAUAUCAGUCUUCAAAACCAUGGUUUGAAAUAACAACAAUUCUAGGCUAAUCAGUCAUUUCAUUAAAUAACCUUAUACAGGUUAAGGAGGUUUGAUAAUAUUUGGAACACCAAUGCCAAGCAUUCUACAAACAUCAGGAUCACUGACUAUUCUAAAAUUUCUGAAAAAAAGUAAAAGUGCUACUGUCUCCUUCCACUUCACAAUAAAUUGAGCUGUCAUCCCAUUUGGAUCAGCAGUUUAAAGAUGUGAUUAUAUUGAUGAUGAGGGAAGAGAAUUCCUUAAAUUAAUUCUUUUAAAGACUCCUGUAUUUAAUUUUCUGAGUGCUAAGGUGGCAGUUGGAAACCUCAUCUCUCUAAAACUCUGCUAUCCAUAUUUUUGUUUCAAGUUCAGGACAGCUGUAUACUGCUUAUAUUUAGCACACUGCUUUAGCAAAGCUCCAAAUGCAGAAUACAAUAAAGCUGGAUUAUCAGUAUUUGUGUGUUUAAUCUUAAAUUGAAAUCUCAGGAAAAGAGAGAGACACAGAUACGCUUAUCUUCAUUUCAAGCUUUCAUCAUCUCUCUCUCCCCCUCAUUCUUAGUCAACUAUGACUGCCUAUUAUUAGCUAGUAAAUUUGCAUGAAAGGAGUGAUAUUUUAUACAUAAGGUCACCAAGGGAGAUACCCAACAUCAGUCAUACUUGGGAGGAAACCCACCGUAAUCAAGGAAAUUGAUUUCCAUUGGGUCUACAGUGGAUAUCACCUCAGAUGGUUUUUUUCCUAUCGAGGUCCAUUUCUGAGCUUAAUCCAUAAAAUGCCAUUCAUUGCUGCAUGCCACAAAUGGAGAGAAGGGCUCCAAAAAUCUGUCUGCAGGACAGACAGCUCCCAAUGAUUAACAUAAGUAAGCAACGCAGUAUGCUUCUGUUUAAUCUAUUAUAAUGAGAUUCCAGCAUGCUUGGAAGCCACACCACCUGACAUGGCAACUGUUAUCCAGGGAAUAGGCUAUUUCUGGUGAUGAUUUGAUGGUGAGGGAAGACACACUGGAUGUGCUGGGCAAGACACCUUUUUCUCAUCUUGCAUUUCAAGAAAAAGGCUGGGAUGCCUCUGAAAUGGAACUGCAGCUUCUCCCUGCCUCUCCUCCCUUCUGCAGUUGAAGAGAACGGAAUGGGGUUUCUUCUUCUGUCUGCCUCCACUGCUUCCCCACUUGUCUUGGAACUAAGGGAGGCUGGUUUCCACUCCCUACUCUCUCCUCCUUGCUUGAUACCUUGGAGAGGAAGGAAAACAAUCUGCUAUGGCCCUCUCAGUUCAGGUAUCAUGUAUGGAGGAGUGAGGAAAGGCAUCAGAGUCACCAGAAGUCCUCCAUGCGAAGGUACCCUCUCUUGCCUAGCAGCAGCUUUGGGCUGCAUGCGAUUAUGCAUAUGUAGGCUGCCUCUGGAAAAGAUCCCUUGCAUGGGAUGUGAUUGCACUGUGUAAAAACCUUUUUUAGGAUUUUGAGCCAUCUUAAAUGCGCUUGCGUAAAAGAUGGAAUUGAUAUAAUUGACUUAAUGGUAAAAAUAUUUUUUCUAAAAGAAAAAUAGUUUCUAGUACUGUACUGCUAUUAACUUCUUGAACCUUAUUAUGGUUUAUGGUUCCUUUUUAUUCUGCCUUCUUGCAGAGUAGUUGAUGUGUCAUUUACUUGUCGCCCCUCCAUUUGUAACAGGAUAAUAAUUGAUGAGCUUACUUGUUCUGUUUUGUAUCUGUUGUAGAACUUUUAUAAUUCCUUACGUUUAAAUAAAAAUUAUUAAUUUAUGUGUGUAUGAAUUAAAUCAGUUAAUUUAAUUAAAUAUAUGUUGGUGACUUGCUUCAAAGUGAAAGUCCUGUUGCUUAAAGGAAAUAAUGUCGAGUUUAUUUUCCAUUUUAUGCAUUUAGUUGUCUUACCUGUCUCUCAUUGUUGGUGUCAAUACAACAGGGUAAUUGCCAUGACUUCAAGUUGGAAGUCUUAAUCCCUAAAUAAUACUUGCCUUAUUUUCUUUUAUUUAUGUUCCUUGUAUGUCCAGACUCUUAUGUUUGAUAUUGUUUAGGGACUUUUAUGGGGGGGGGGUUGCUGCUGUUAUUGAUAUUAAUUGUUUAUUUUCUUUUUUUAAAAAAUAUUAUGAUUUAUAUGGAAAUUUCAAUUUGGUUGUGUAUUUUUUGAUGUUUUAUUUAUUGUUCGUGAUUCCUUUUGUAGCAUUUAGAAUUAUGUAUUUUUUACAUGUUGUAAGCUGCCUUGAGCAUGGUUUGAAUUAUGGAAAUGCAGCAUACAAAUACAAUUAUGUAUGUAUGUAUGUAUAUUAAAAUAAAUAUAGGAUGAUUCAGAAAUUUUUCUCCUUCUUUUAUGUAAGCAAUACUUUUAGUAGACAUUAAUUUCCCUUCCAUGAUGGUUUAUGCAGGUGUUGUUCUUAGGAAUAUUAUUAACAGUAAUGCAUUGUAAUUGUACACUGAUAAUUUGCUUUCUGGAAAAGCCACAGUCAAAUUUGCUUUCAGUCAAAACUGCUUUACAUUUUUAGUUUGGUGUACCUUAUGAUGAAAGCAAAAGUGAGUCUUGCUGUGCUUUUAUCUAUUGCUUUGUAUAAUAGAGGCAAACAACGUAUAAUGAGAUUAGGAAAUGACCUAUUAGGCAAGUAACCUAUUUCUGUACAUGAAGUCUACAUGUUCAUGAAGUCUAAAAGUUGCCUAAGUUUUUUAGUGAGUGCACACUGGGCUGCCUGUGUCGUGACGUCUGGGAGGACUCCUUGGCAGGGCUGGUUUGAAGGAGCUUGGGAGGUACCCAUCAGGAUGCUGGGGAGGGGCUGAGCAGGUUGUCAGGAGAAAGCCCCACCUCAGAGACAUUGGCUGUCCCAGGCGCCAACUGGGGAGGGUCCAAAUUAGCCCCUGUCUCACCUACUGCUAGCAAAGCACUUCCCAUUCCAGGUAGGCACUUGAGCCUAGGUUGAACAGUGAACUGGCACAAUCACCUUUGCCUCCAUCUUCAAGGACACAGUGCUGCUGCCUGUGGUGGUGUGAAUAAACUCUGCCUACUCAAAGGUGUGCCUGCCUGCUUGCCCAGUCCUGUGGAUCAAUGAUCUGCAUGUAAGACUGUGCCUGCUCUUCAAAAGGGGAGCUCAGCGUGUGUGUUAAGUGUUGGGAUAAUGUCUUACCUUAACACCAAGCCAUGUACUUAGAGCUUAGUAUUAAUCUGCUAAGUGCGCACCUGGUUACCAGAUUGAUAUUUAGACUGUGUAGUGAAUUUUGGAUUAAACCUAUGGUAAUAACUAGGCCAAAGGUCUGAGUACUGCACCCAUGAGUGAGAGCCAAGGCAGUUGUUUUUUUGUUGGACAGAAAAACCUUUAAGCAGGAGCCUACAGUCCUUGUAGAAGAUAAACACCUCUUUCAGAUUUGAUAAACGUAACUGGAACUGUGCCCAGUGCUUGGGCAUUUUUCUUUCUUUCAGACAGCUGCAUUAUGUGAAUUGCUAUGUACCUCCACACACCUUCACUCGUGUUUUUCUUGCCAGUGUCAUUUUAGUUGGAUGCUUAACCGAUUUUUUAGUUUGUGUGGGUCUUCCCAUUAAAUAAAUUUAAUUGAAAGUGUUCUAGCUCAAAUGUAAAAUUUGUUGAUUUUAAAUUGCACAGUGGAACUGACAUUUAAAAAAUACCAUAUUUUUUGCUCUAUAAGACUCACUUUUUCCCUCCUAAAAAGUAAGGGGAAAUGUGUGUGCGUCUUAUGGAGCGAAUGAAGGCUGUGCAGCUAUCCCAGAAGCCAGAACAGCAAGAGGGAUUGCUGCUUUCACUGCGCAGCGAUCCUUCAUGCUGUUCUGGCUUCUGGGAUUCAGAAUAUUCUUUUUCUUGUUUUCCUCCUCCAAAAACUAGGUGUGUCUUGUGGUCUGGUGCGUCUUAUAGAGCAAAAAAUACGGUAGUUGAGCACAAAUUAAGAAAUGGUUUUAAACAUUGCAUGUCCCCUCUUCACGUGACUAUGUUAUGCUUGUGAGUAUGGAUGAAGCACAGCAAAAUAUAUACACUUAAAAAGUGCUACACUGCCCCAAAGUGUAGGAAGUCAAUUGAAAUUCAACAUGUAGCUUACAACAGAAGACCAAUGUUUGGUUAGCUCCUAGGAGCUGCCUGGUCUUGAAGCAUCCACAGAUGAUAAUCUGGAAGAAACAAAUAUGCUGAAGUUCUUACGAGAUACAGGAAACGGAAAGAGGAUGUAAAAAAGAGAACAGAGAAACUUUAACAACAAUUUCCAGAGGCAUAGCUGUAAUAGUUUCCUGCAGCAAAAACAACAUUUUUGGCAUGUUAAAGACAUACACGCUUAUUAUUGAAUAAAUGUUUAUGGACUACAAUCCACUGCCAGUGUUCAAAACUCCCAUUGUUCUAGGUGCAUUUUGCGACAGGGAAUUUCAUUAGCGCAAGCAGUUUCUGAGCUCUGGGUGUAGUACUGCACCUAAGAUUUCAUAUUAAAAACUGCAGAGUGGAAGGAAAGGAUGACCUUUUCCUGCCUCCCCAUUUCCAGCUACUCUGAAGACUGGAGAAGAGACCCUCUUAAGAAUAUUAGGGGGGAGGGCAAGGGAAGGACUAGACCAUGUGAAAAAUUAACAUUUUAUUUUAGCUGCAGUUCAUUCAUUUUCAGCUUUGUAUUGUUAUAUAAAAAAAAGGGUGCUUAGACAUUCCGUUGUUGCGCCCAUAACCUCGGUUUAAGGUGCCAUUUAGCUCCUUGCUUUCAUAUCUCAGUUUCUAACACUGGCCACUGCAUCAGAUGUAUGAAGUGUUAACCAGAGCUACAGGCGUAUAUACAGACACAGUUGUGGAUCAGUAGGAAUUGUGAACAGGGAGGUCAAGGAGGAAAUGAAAUACAGAAGAUACAGACGGUGAAAAUUACACCAAUUGUGGCCAUUCACAGGACAACAGUAGUUUCACUGCAGUUUGUAAUGUAUUAGACUUAUUGCCAAAGCCACAGAUAGAUGGUCGUGUGGCUGGGCAUAGUUAAAUUAUCUGUGCAAUUUAUGCAUAUUUAUUGAGAAAUAAGUACCUGUCCUUUUCCUCAAGUCAGGAAGGCUGAGAUGAGAAUUUUGCCUCUAGUCAUUUUAGGUAGAAUCCACAGACUCAUAAAUGGAGAAGGCAUUUUUGUUGGUAUUUUCCUUCCCAACCCCACAUCCCUUUCAAAGUAUUUUUACCAAGCUCUUGUAAUUUCCUUCUCACAUUCAACUUAUACCUUUUUUCCCCAAAUGGCAAAUUUCUUUCAUUGCUCUUCCCUGUUCAUUUUACAUUCACUUCUUCCUCCGAUGAUAUCUUUCCUUCAAUACCCUUCCUUUAUAUUCCCAGUUUAUUUAUACUGUAUUAUCUUCAAUACCUUCUCCAGCCCUUAGAGGAGGAACAUAUUUCUUCCAUCCUCUUCCCCUCUCCCCCACGAACCCCUCUGUUUCCUGGCCGUCUUCAUUCUGCAUGCCAAGGAGUUGCCUGGUGCUAGCAUUGGUCCAACGAAAAGGCUUGAGGACAGAAAGCAGGCGAGGCUAUGCCAGGCCCUGCCAGGCUCUGGCACAAGGCUCACUGGUAGAUCCCAGCCUACUAUAUUCAAGGAACUAAUUCCAUACACUGACCGUAAAAUGCUGGCUUUCUAAUUUCUGUUUCUGACAUCAGAACCGAGUUUACUUGUGGUCAUGGAUUCAUGGUGCUGAGUUGAAUGUUUCUUUGAUCAACUUUGGAAAUUUGAUCUGCCUUGAAUCUCCCUGUGUGUGCGUUUGUGUGUUAAAAGUUACAAACAGUAGGACUUGCAUCAGUUGCUCUUUUUCAUACACUGUCUACCAGGACUAGUGUCUCUUCAGGAAGGUGUGUGAGAAAAAGUAAACAAACGAGUGUGCUCCAUUUAUUUAUCUAGCUACGGCAAUGUUUGUGUUAGCACUCCUCCUUGGCUUAAGAUUAAGGUGACUUUCAAUAAAAGCAUCAAUACAAAAAGCAAAAGCUGUCAAACAAAACAAAGUUCCUACAGUUUAACAAGCCCAGUUUAACAUUCACUGACUGAAUGUGAGUGAUUUUAGUCAGCAAAAUGCUUAAUCAUAGUUGCAAAGUCCCUCACAGGCCCAGUGGUGGUGAAAAGGUGUACAGAUUCCUUACUAGAUUCAUUCUCACUCACACAAACUCUUUCUUUCUUUCUUUCUUUCUUUUUCUCAUGGGCAACAAGUUGCAGUAAAGCUUGUAGGAGUAAACCCUCCUCCCCCCACUGGAAAAAAGCAGGUCGUAAAAUUACUGUUAUUAUCAGAUGUUACAUGUUUACAGUGUGUUCUAGGUUAUCAAACUAGGCAACCAGUUUGUUCUGAUUAGGGAAUGUUCCACAAUCUGUCAUUCACAAUAUGUACCUGUCGGAUAUUUAAUAUAAAAUGUAUUGGCCAGAUUAUCACUAAGAAUUACUGCAAUAUAAACAGAUUAAAUAGCACCAGUUAGUGUUUUACAUGUGCAAUUUGAAGCGCUUGUUUGUUUGUUCAUUAUUACUUGCACUUAAACUCUGCUUUCUAUCACUUUCACAAGGUGGAUACAACUAACAUAACAUUAGUUCGUAAGUGGUGUUUUUGUUUUUUUAGGACAAUGCUUUUAAUGUUUUCAUAUUGGCUUUUUAGUGUGUUAUAAUUCAUAGCCUUGGGCAUCAGGCAGCAUUAAAAUUCCAGCAAAUUAAUCUAGAGACUUAUGACACAUCCCUUAAUACCUUUACUACACCUUCCUUACAUCCUGCUCAACAUGAAUAUUAUGCAAGGAUUCUUGUAUUUGAUUAUUUUGUGCACACUCAUUCCUGCAGUAUCUAGAACAGCCUUUCCCAACUUUGUUCCAUGUGCGGCACAUAACUUCUUGAGUUCUUCACUUCGUGUCUCUAUAGUAGCCCAUUGAGAUUGAGAAGCGUGGCUCUAACUUCGAUUUGUGAAUUCAUAUGUCAGCCGCAGAAACUGGUUUUCAAACCAGCUUCAGACUGUGGUUGAUGUCCUGAUAUGUGUGUUGAAAUAGGUUCAAACAUAACUGAGCUUAUGGAUACAUCGCCUGAAAGCUCCAUACAGAUGUAAUAUUGACAAUCGCUUAACCAUGCUGAUCCCAUGGUUAAGGGAAUGAGUGAGGGCAUUUGUGCAUACCCUCCCUUCUUCCAUAUUAAUCCUCCUUCUCUUGUAAGUGUUAGCCAGGCUUCACACCAAUGCAGACUGAAGGCUACAUCAGACUUCCUCAACCUGGUGCCUUCCAGAUGUUUUGGGCUACAACUUCCAUCAUCCUUGGCCAAUGGCCGUACUAGCUGAUGAGGGUUGUUGUCCAAAACAUCUGGAGGGUGUGAGGUUGGGGAAGACAGUCUGUACACCACCUUAGUACUAACCAGAGCUUUAAAUGAAGAUUUAAGCUGUUUUUUGAUUUUGUUUUUCAAAUUCUGGUUAGCGCUAAUGCUGUUGGUGCCAAUUUAGAUGUAACACUACAUCAUGUUUAAUGUUUGGAAAGGAGAGAUGAGUUGAUGCUAGAACAGAGAAGUUAGACAGAAGGGAAGGUAGCUCACAAGCCAAGCCCACCCCAUAAAGCAUGUUUAGGAAAUUGGAGGUUGUGCAUCUGCACUGGUUCAUAAAGAGGAUGAAGCAGUGGUACAACUAGGGGGAGAGCCUUUACUAUGGUGCUAUCCCAUAUGUUGAAUCAUCUUCAACAUUCCCUCCAAACUAAGCCAAAAUCAUUUAUACUUUUUCAGCACCUCCGUCAGAGCAUAUUUGUGUACAGAGGCGUCUGCUGGUUUUUUUAAUCCAGCAUGUCACUUAAUUUGUUCAUUUUCAAUUUCAGCUGCAUUUAUUUUGUAUUAUCUUAUCAUUGUGUUGGGCUUUUUUGUACUCCCUUCAGACAGAUGUGGGAGGCAGUGUAAACUGGUUUAAAAAUAUUUGUUCAUUUUGUAAAUAUUACUAUACUAGAGAGUGUUUUUAAUAAGGGAAAAUCUUGUAUAUAUCUCCCUGGGGGGGCAGUGAUACAUUCUAUGAAUAUAUCGUGAAUUGACUUCUUAGCAUUUUCCUUUUUCAACUUCCCUAAGUUCCAGCUGCUGCUGUUAAUUUUUGCCUUUCACACAGUUGACAAAAAGAAAAGAAAAGACAGUAUUAUCUGUUUUUUAAAAAGCUGUGGCUUUAAAUUGAAGGGUUUGAAAGAGGUCCCUUACCAUCUUUAUUGCUAAAGUUCUAUUCACAGAACAAUAGCUUUUCCAUUGUCGCUUAACAGACUAAUCUCUAUUUGGUCAAGACUGAUCUGUGUGCAUUUGCCUGUCUUCAUCGUUCCCCUCCUUCUAAGAAAUGAGACAUAAUAAUUUUCCAGAGACAUAAAGCCAAAAAUUAAGUUUAAAAAAUAUGCCCCAUAUUGCACCUCACCCAGCCUGCUGUCAGUAGAGUCACUGCCCCUUACUGGGAAGGGUGAGGAGACAGGAAGGUCAGCACUGUGUUCACACACCAGCAGAAUCAGUCCGGCGUCCCUGUUGCCUACACCAUGCAGACCUCCUGUCCAUCUCAACCCUUUCAGUAAGGACACUAAUUUUGCUGCAAGAAAGGUUGUGUUGUGGAUCCACCUCAGUGGGCAAGCAACUUCUGAGUAUCGUCCGGACCAUGAAACAAAGAACUAAAUGCAAUCAAAUCCAUUUAACUGAUGGGACUUCAGCUUCCUUUAAGACAUAUAGGCUUAAUUUUUUCCCCCAGUGAAAUUUCUUCUAAUAAACUGGUAUUGUAAAGUCUUACGGAAUUUCUAAAUUAAUUACAGUGCAGGGGUGGAAAUGGUAAAUACAACUUACUAUAAUUUCAUCUAGUAGUAAUAGCUUUAUAAACAUUCCAAUGUCUGAUUCUUUUUGUCUUUUUUUAUAAAGAGAAGGAAGUUGGGCUGCCAUGGGAGUUAUUGUUGCCCAUGUUGUGCUAAUUAGUAAUCCUUUAUGUGUGCACCCUAUCCGUGCUGGAGAGCAACAAGAGGGCUGGGACGCAGAGCCCAUUUACGUAAAUUUGUGAAUUCCCUCUUCACCUUAUCUUUCCUCCCCAAGCUUUGUUUUAAGCAGCAGCUUAUGAUUUCCUGGAUUAAACGCUAAAACACAAUUUUAUCUGUCAGAUGAUAUGCUAACUGGUCAGAAAGAUGGUUGCAAAAAUCAUUACGCCUACAACACUUGCAUAGACUGAUGCCAAGCACCUUGAACAGAGGAGAUUUAGAGUAGCAAUUAUCCACCAAUUCAAAGAGAAUUGCAGGAUCACAAACAAAUCACUGUUAUUAAAAGACAGCACUUAUUCUUGCAAAGUGCUUUCAUUGUGAUUCUCACUGUCUUCAACUGAUAUUCUCCCUUGAGGGAAAUGAUAUACGCUAGUUAAUAUUAUUUAAGUAGAGUGCUAGGCAUUAUUAUUAUUAUUAUUAUUAUUAUUAUUAAAAUUAUCUCUUCAAUUCUAAUAAAACCUAUGACACUUGGCACUAUACUUUUGAAACCUGCAGAGUGUUUCCUGUAUUUGCAGCACGGGCAGCUGUGACGAAGCAUAGUAAUGAAAUGAGAGCGCACUAAUGUUGUAGUUAAUUUUUAGCAAAAUGGCUUUCGGGAUUUCUUCCCACACUUCAGCUCACAAACACCCAUGGAAAGCUCUCUUAUUUCAGUUUAUACCUGCCUCUGUAGUAAUAAAAAUCCCACAAGUCCUUAAUUGUAUGAAUCAGUAAUGUAUAUUGUUGAUAUUCCUUCAUUACAAAACAAAUGGAAAUGGGAAACAGGCAUAUGCAGUAAACAAUGUCAAAUUUUCCAUAAUGUUUAGAAUUAUCUCCUGCUAAGUCAGGUUCAAGGUUUUUGUAUUAACUCACAAAACCCGGAACAACUUAGGUCCUUAGGGACCACCUGAACCUUAUUUUGCAGCUCAGUCACUGAGAUCAUCUGCACAAUGUUUGCCCCCUGGGUUGCUGUUGCUUAUGAACAAAGGAAGAUCUUAGCCACCUUUGAAAUAUGUAUCAACAUGUAACUGAAUCGCUGUACUGGUUACACUAAAUUCAAAUGAAAUACACCCUUCAAAUGAAAUAACAGUCUUCUUUACACUGGAGUUUUGGUUAUCAUGGGAUGCUUCCACACUGGGCAUUUAAUGUGGAAUUACCAUGCUUCAUUCAUUUACACUGCAUUUGCAAGAGUUUGGUUCUAGGGGUCUGCCUCGUACCUACGGGACCACCUCUCCUAGUAUGUCCCACGGAGGACCUUACGGUCCUCAAAUAAAAACAUCUUGGAGAUCCCGGGCCACAGGGAGGUUAGGCUGGCCUUGACCAGAGCCAGGGCUUUUUUGGCCGUGGCCCCGAUCUGGUGGAAUGCUCUGUCACAAGAGACUAGGGCCCUGCGGGACUUGACAUCUUUCUGCAGGGCCUGCAAGAUGGAGCUGUUCCGCCAGGCCUUUGGCCAAGGCACAGUCUGACCCCCUCUCUCCUUCUGUAAUUCUCAAAGAACUCUAACCCUGUGAUUGCCAUUAAUUUGAUUCUGAAUUGAUUUUAGAAUUAAUUUACUCUGUGAUUUUAUGUACGGUGGUAUCUCAGGUUACAUAUGCUUCAGGUUACAUACGCUUCAGGUUACAGACUCUGCUAACCCAGAAAUAGUACCUCAGGUUAAGAACUUUGCUUCAGGAUGAGAACAGAAAUCGUGCAGCGGCAGCAGGAGGCCCCAUUAACUAAAGUGGUGCUUCAGGUUAAGAACAGUUUCAGGUUAAGAACAGACCUCCAGAACGAAUUAAAUACUUAACCUGAGGUACCACUGUACAUUGUGCUAUUUUUACUUGUUGUUAGCCGCUCUGAGCCCGGCUUAGGCCAGGGAGGGAGGGAUACAACUAAAUUAUUAUUAUUAUUAUUAUUAUUAUUAUUUGUUGUUGUUCAUCUGAAGUUGUAUUUACCUAAUUUUAAGACCUGCUAAGGAACAAGUAAUUAUGUCCUUAUAUGUAAAGCCACAGAAUUCAAAGAAGGUAUACUUUCUUUUUCCCAUGACUGUAAAUAAAUGGGGCACGGAGGGCAGUGGGUUCCCCCAGUUCUCCAUUUAUUUAUUUCCCCCACCUCACUCAUGUAAGGUUGCAGGUGUCAAUCGCCUAAGUAAAGUGAGAGCAAGUUUCAGGCUUACUGUGCUUGUUAUGGGGCAUUGGGGCAUCCAGUGGUCAGCAUCCUGUAUUUUCCCCAGAAGAUUGGGUGCACUAUCCACAGGUAUAGAUGCCCUUAAGGGUGGUAUUCAGUGCAAGGAUUUCCACUUGCACAAAGGGACUCCCUCCCCCCUUUCUCUCAUGCACACUCCACACUUUCCCCAAAUCUGCUCCAGAAGGUUGGUGGAAUCCUUAAAGCAAAUUUAGGGAGCACACAAGAGGAGGAGAGUGAGAGGGUGUUCCCUUGUACAUGGAUAAAUAAUUAUGCUAAUGGAACGAGAGACUUGGUGCUACAUUGGACUCCACCUUAAAGUGUUGCUCUUUCCUGUUGAAAUGUCCGGGUUUUGACUCUGGUAGUGACGUAUCAAAAAGGUGGUAUCAGUUUGGUACACAUUCACUCUAACCUUUGUUAUGUGCAGCAUUUUAAAGCGUAUUUUAAUUAGUGCUAAAUUGUUUUUCUGGUGAUUCCCCACCCACCAAACAUUUUCCGCAUUGCAGUUAGGGAUUUAUUUCUUUUUAAAUGAGUGGUUGUAUUGGGGAAAGAUCACAGCUCAUUGGUUGAAUCCAUAGCUAGCACCAAGUGAGCUAAAUGGACCAGUGGUGUCACCAGGUAUGAGCACACUUCUGUGUUCCUUUCAUAUUUAAUUUUUGUCUUUUCUUUCUUUCUUUUUUGCCAAAUAAUUUUUUAUCAGUUUUCCAAUAUUAACCCAAUUUUGCAUAUGCCAAUGAAUUCCGAAUUUUUGUCAUUUCUAUUGUGUGUAGCAGGGACGUGGGUGGUGCUGUGGGUUAAACCACAGAGCCUAAGACUUGCCGAUCAGAAGGUCGGCGGUUCGAAUCCCCGCGACGGGGUGAGCUCCCGUUGCUCGGUCCCUGCUCCUGCCAACCUAGCAGUUCGAAAGCAUGUCAAAGUGCAAGUAGAUAAAUAGGUACCGCUCCGGCGGGAAGGUAAACUGCGUUUCCGUGUGCUGCUCUGGUUCACCAGAAGCUGCUUUAAUGGCUCCCUCAGCCAAUAAAGCGAGAUGAGCGCUGCAACCCCAGAGUCAGACAUGACUGGACCCAAUGGUCAGGGGUCCCUUUACCUUUACCUUAUUGUGUGUAGCAAUAGAAAAUAUUUUUGUAUAUACUUAAUAAAUACCUUUCCUACUGUCUUGUGUUUCUUAGUGGACAGUUUGCAGUAGUAAGGAAAUGUCGAGAGAAGAGCACUGGAGCUCAGUAUGCUGCAAAAUUCAUCAAGAAACGAAGAACAAAAUCCAGCCGCCGAGGAGUGACCCGAGAAGACAUUGAACGAGAAGUAAACAUAUUGAAGGAAAUCCAGCAUCCCAAUGUGAUUACUCUGCAUGAUGUUUAUGAAAGUAAAAUGGAUGUAAUUCUUAUUCUUGAACUGUAAGUAGUUUUGAAAUUGCUUUUUAGGGGGUGGGGCAGUUUCUGAAAAUCAGAAAUGUAUGUUUUUGGAAAUGCACCUUAUGUCAGUUUGUGCUAGAAAAAACUGUGGUACGGAUCUUAAUAAAAUAUCUGCAGCUUUUUGAGAGAAGGGUGGUAGUUCUGGGUGGUAGAAUUGUGAAAAAGAAUUGUGUUGUGUGUGUGCACAGAGGUGAGUUAGAACCUCUAGGUGAUUUAUUUUGUUUUAUAGCAGAUCAAUGAUUUGAGAGUUAAACAGUGAGAAAACAAACAAGAGAAUCAAACUGAGUGGUGAAGUGGAAAUCCCUGUCAUUUUUACCUACAUGUGGCAAUUAGGUUUCUCUUCCCCCCGGUUGCCAGUUUCUUGCAUUUUGCUUGUUGGUGGAGCAAUAGAAGUACUCUAUUGCUCCACCAAUGCAUGGUCAGAGGGAGCAGACUGGGAGAAGGAGGCACCAGAAGCUGAAGAGGCAACAGAGUUUAGUGAGCAGGAGGAGGCUAGGGCAGAGAGCCUUCCAGACUCAGUGGCAGGAGAGGAGAGGAGACAGAGAUGAAGCAGGCUGCUGAAGAAUCAAGGGGUCUCUGCUUCCUGCUGCGGCCAUCUCCCCACCUCUCUGGUCUCCCAGGACACACAGAGAAAUGAAGAGGGCAGAGCAAAGGGAGACAAAGCGAAGGAGCCUCAGGCUGCUGGGGAAGGCACAGAGGGAGGAGCCUAAGAUAGCGGUGGGAAAGCAGGGACCUUUAGUCCUCGCAAGUAUGAUCACUAGGCCUACACUGAUUUGGUUUCUUUGAAUAAAGCAUCCACUGACACCAGUGGUGUUUUUUUAUUGCUGAUUUACUCCUGGCACUGGCUCCUGACAGAAACGAAGCACUGUUAAGUAAAUAUCUCAAAUGCAUGAAAAAGGAACUCAUUUAGUUUGGGGAGUCGGGCUGGAAACUUGAACCAUCAAUUUUUCAAACUUACUCAUUUAAAAAUACAAUUUUCAAUAAAGGUUAGCUGCCAGACAUCUGGUCUGCUAUUGCUGAAUAUUUCCCUAUAAUUUAUUCCUUCUUGUUAGUUAACGCUCUUAGCUGACUUAGUUAGUUAGUUAGUUAACACUUCUAGUCAACUAGUUAACACUGCUGAGCCCCAUGGGGGGAGUCGGGGAUUUCAUCUAGUGUUCAGUAUACAUAGGAUGAAUCUGAAAAGGAUACACAUUUAACAUGAGAGUGCACUCAGUGUUGAGGGGGCAGAGGAGGCAGAGUGCGGUGUGGCUUCUGUGACUGGCUCCUCCUGAGAGCCAGAGAGGAGGAGCUGCUGGCCAUUGAAGCCGUUCUGCACUGGGGUCCAUGCUUGACCCCCUCCUGACGAAGCAACAUUGGGUACACGAUGUCACAAACACGUGACACCCGCUGAACCCCCUCAAUCUUGGACUAAAGUCGGCACCUAUGCCGACUUUAUCACUCUUUUCUUUUCUAUCUUAUCAAGCAAGAAGAAAAGCUAUUAACUAAACGUUCAGGCCUCAUUUUUCACCAUGAAUGAUCAGUGAAAAAGGAUAGGUUCCCCAAUAGCAAAACCAAUCGGGCUAAUCUCUGUUUUGUUCCCAUUUACUCUCCAUUUCCAAUGCAGGCCAUUUUAAUUUUGUUAAACGCACUGGGCUUAAAAUGCUCCAUGGGACAAUAACUAUUUAGCUGGUGCCUUAAUUAUUUAAUCAGUUCAUUAAUAAAGGCAUGUAAGUACAAUGCUACGAGCUCAUUAAGGAAUGAUGAUGCUGGUUUUUGAAGCUAAUCUGUUUCAAGGUUACUGUUUAAAAUCUAUAAUUAUAUCUUAUGGGAUGUAGCAUUUAAUCCCAAAGCUUGCGAAAGAGUUGUUUGCUUCUUUUGAAAAAUAAUUAUUUUCUAGUGCUGUGUGAUAUAUUUUUCCUCCCAGAGGAUGGAAGUGUUGACUGCAGGCAUCUUUUUGUUACUGUUAAACACAGUACUUGAUCUUCUUGAAGAUUCUCAGUUAAACCUUGCACUAGAACCUAUAGCCAACUCCACAUGUAUGUUUUCUGUUGAUUCCAUUUGUAAACUCCUUAUGCAUGCAUAAAAAUAUAAUUGCCUCUUGUGAUCCAGAGAGGGAGUACUGUAGAUACAGCUUUCUUGUGUGUUAAAUACUGAGGGGUUUUAUUGGGUUUGCAGCUGUUUUGCUCUGGGUAUAUAGGUCUCAGAAAAACCAACUCUGCAAUGGCUUCUUGUUGCUUCUACCUCCAAUACAGUAAUCAGAGUGCUGGUCUUGGUUGUUGGUGCUUCUUCCAUACAAGAGAUUAACCAACAUGUCAGAAAAAAGCAAUUCUCAAAGAGCUUGUUUCUGGAAAAUGUUUUAUGUUAAGGAUGAAACUAGAACAAAAAUGAAAUGUUAGGUUGCUGAAACGUUGGUUCUAUAGUUGUUUAUGCUUACGAGGAUACAGCACAUGCCAGUGACUAAUAGUGUCUGCUGUUUGCUUAGUGUGAUCUUUGUGUUAUUUUACGCUUGGGGAAGCAGUCAGUAUAAACUUUUAGGUACGAAUCAGAGAAAUUGCAUUGGAAUGGUUACUUUUCUGCUGCUAAAUGAGAAAGCUGCAGGGUUCAUACAUGAUCUGAAUUUAAUGUAAUUAUAUGCUAUGUUCAUUAGAAGUAUUUAGAGUCUGUGGGUGGCACUCACUAUAAUGUUCUGCUAAUCAGAGUUCAAGAGCAUGCAGUUCUUUAAGGAGCUAUGCAGAAUUUAGUCAGUAAUCCCUAUUAGAGAACCAGAAGGAAAAUAAUCAAUUAGACUUGCCCUCAGCUGUUGUCAUAAAUAUGCUGCAAAUAAAAUCUCCUGUGUGGAAAAAAUAUGGCGGCUAAUGUAGGGGACAAGUUAUUUCUUCAAAGGACAAGUUAAUCAUCAACUAAUUAGACCACUUUGCUGCGCUGCAUUUCUUUUCAGAAAUAUUUAUAGCAGAUGUUCAAGAAGUGAACUUCUGAAAACAGCAUUUUAAACAUUCCACUGGCUUCAUCAGGUUGAAAUGGAGAUUAUUCACAUUUUAAUUUUAUAAUUUGCUUUUUAGUUCCAUUAAGGUGAAUAAACUGCUCAAGCUUAACUUGGUGCAUGCUGUGGCAUUAUAAUGAAUCACAAAGCAGCAGUGCACUGAAAUGUGGGGUGUGUUAGCAGUUACCCUGCUUAGGUAAACCUCUUAGAUGUGGGCUUUUUUUUCUAUGCUUCUAUUUGAUGAAAUGCCUGCCCAUUUACAAUGGUUUCACCUUUCCUGCAUUUCACAUUGAGAAGCAAAGGUUGUUUCCUGCCCAUGGCUACUGCUACUUUUUUCUUCCGCCUCUCUUCAUUUCUUCAAUACUACUCCAAUCCCCUCUAAUCCAACCAUAGGUUAUGCCCAUUACUGUCUCCUUUAAUUGUUCCUAUUAAGUUGUUUUUCUGUAGUACCGGUAUAUACAGUCUUUAUUGUUCGCAUCUAUCUGUCUCAAGAGACUUAUGAAGUGUGUCUCUGGGGGUGAAGGCAAACUGCUGGAGAAUCACAGCGCCUGCUGUGGGUGUGGAAACAGGUAACAAUCCCUGCCUCCCAUGUUGUUUUUGCUGCUUUAGCAGCACUGAAGUGACCUCUCUGGGGUGCAAGCCUGGGCAGUGUGUAUGAAGGUCCUGGGUGGCGCAGACAACAAGACCCCACACUUAGCUUCACUGAUGUGGUCGAAAGGGAAGCAGAACAGUACAUUUGGUACUAGCUUGGCUGCAGAAACGAGUUGCUGAAAUGAGGCGUAUGAGACACCAUCCAACUGUCUUUGGGAUUCCACUCUGGAUUUGUGUGGAGUUUACUCCUUAGCAGGUACAGAUUUUUUCCUCCAGAUUUGCUGCCAAAGCCCUUCUCAUGAAUGAGUAGAGCUGCAAGGCAGCAGUGGUUUAGGAUCAGAGCUUUCCUUUUCCUAGAUGGGCGACCUUCCCAGGUUGACUAGCCCCAUCUGCCCCUCAGUUCCCUCUACAACAUGUGCAGUAACCACCUUCUUGACUGUUGGACCCGCUGCUGGUCUAGACCGCUCAAUGCACCAGAGCCUUUCUUCGCAUGCAGGGGAAGUCUCAUAGGUUACCCUCUCCUGGUUUAGCUGACCACUCAAAGCCAUUUCCUUGUGUGUGGCCACUGUUGCAUGCUCACUGCUUCUAGGAGCCACGGGUACAGGGUAUACAUUAUACACCUAACAUGAAUAGCAGCCUUUAUACAGUGCAGCUAUUCAUGUUAGGCAUAUGAUGUAGAGAUUCAAAGGUAAUGUAUCUUGGACAAAGCAAACUUCUGCAGUAGAAAAUGAAAGUAGCGUGGGCUAUUGUCAUACUAGCAAACUGUAAAAUGAAAUUAUAUUCUAUAAAAUUAGGGAUGGGGACAUAGCUAUCAACCGUCCCUUAUUUGGCGGGAAAGUCCCUUAUCCCAGCGCUGUGUCCCGCUGCUGUCCCUUAUUGAUGAUGUCCCUUAAAUUUCCCGGGUUUCAAAGGAAGCAGCUCCUCUCCCUCCCUGCCUACCGGCCAGGGAGGAGGGAGGCUCCAACUGUGUUGCUUGGCUGCAUUGCUCACCCAAUAAGGAGUCUAAGAAUGACUGGGGGGUGGAGCUUGCAUGCCUUGUGCCGAUCAAAUCGGCUGCGUUGCCUGGGGACUCGCCUUUGCUCAGCGCUUCCCAGCGGAGAGGUGACGGUGGUUUUCCUUGCUGCAUCCCCUUUGCCGGGUUGCUGCGCUGUGGGAACCACCGCUUGAGGCUUUGUUUGGCUGCUGGCUGGGCUUUCUGCCUUUGGCUCGGAGGGGCUCAGAAGUUGAACAUACCUGUGCCUGGAAAAUCCCUUAUUUUGGCUGCUGAUCCCUUAUUUUUGAGGCUGCUGGUCCCUUAUUUUCAAAUCUGUAAGUUGACAGCUAUGGAUGGGGGACCUGUGGUUCUCCAGGUGUUAUUGGACUGCAACUCCCAUCAGCCCCAGCCAGUAUGACCAGUGCUCAGGAAUGGUGAAAGUUGUAGUCCAUCAGCACCUGGAGGCCACAGAUUUGUGAAAGGAUAUUCAGUGAAUGGCCCUAACGAGUGGGAUAUUUGGAUUCUUGAGCUAUUCAAAGUUGAGUGGAAGGCAGAGAACUGAAUUGAGCAUUGGGAUAUGGAUUGACAUGUGGAGUAUUUGUAAUCUUUGUCUGCAACCCUUUACUCCCCUUGUGUCUUCUAUCCAGUUUUAGACUAAGCUCUUCUGGGUAUGAGCAUGUCUCUCUAGCUGCUUAAAAAUGAUGCAGCUGCAUAAGCAAUAAGAAUUAAUAAUGCUCUGCGACUGAUGGUCACUCAGGACUAGUUCAGAUUGCUAGGGAAGGCAACAUUCUGUACAUCCUUGGGACACCCAUAUGCAUGCCUGCCUUUCACAUGAAAUUUUCAUAUUGCCCUACAUACAUGCAAAUGUAUGAUCACAGCUGUGCUAUAAAGUAGAAUUGAUUGCACAUAAAGGGCACAUUGCAUUUAUUCAUAUAUAUUAGCCGCCUCAUAAAAUAAUUUCUCUUGCCAAUGUACAAUACAUCAAAUAUUGUAAGCAAGGUUAUAAACACAACAAAAAUACAAUACAGUGGACCCUCUGGAUACGGAUUUAAUUCGUUUCGGGGGUCCAUAUGCACCCCGAAAAAUCCAUAACCAGAGGCGCUGCUUCUGCGCAUGCGCGUGGCACGCAGAGUGCUUCUGCACAUGCGUGAGCAGCAAAACCCGUAAAAAUACUUCUGGGUUUGCAGCUUUCGCAACCCGGAGAUUACGUAUCCAGAGAGGUACAUAACUCGAGGGUCCACUGUAAAUUUAGCACUGAAUCCAAACCCAGCGUAGAAGGAUAAAACAUAUGUCAGCCAUGAUCGCAAAACAUUUUUAACAUAAAAAGAGUGAAAAAAACACCUCAGCCAGCCAUAUAGGACAGUGAUUGCAUGUGUGGUUGUAUGUCUUCAUAUGAACAAGAAAUCAUUAUGGGAUUCACUGCGUCAGAUAGUGAAAGAUAAGGCCAUUGUUGAGAUUUGUGUGCCAGGUAUGCUAGUGGUUUCUUGCAGGGAAGAUGGAGUGUGGGACAGAGGAGGCUGUUGCCUUCACACCCUGUUAUGGGACUUUCCAGAUACAUCUCACCAACCCCUGGUGGACUUAAUGGCACUUUGUCUAUGGGCUGUUCUAAUGCCUGCACAACACCCCAGUGGUGAGAUGAAGGUACCCAUGAUUACCCCUGACAGUACUGCAAUUGGUUUAGAGCUUUAAAGUAAAUAGAAAUAUGGGCUUGGCUGUUUCAUACAUACUUUGGUAGCUUCCAGAUUGGCUUGCAUACCAUGUUCUGUAUAAGGCUACUUUUGGAAGGCUGGAAUAGUUCAGCUUGUUCGGAAUGAUCAGCGACACUGUUAUCUGGGUCCGAUCACAGAGCACAUAUUGUGCCUCUUGAAGCUUGACUGCCUACAAGGUAGUUUGCAGGCACAAUAAAAAAUAAUGGUGUUAAUUUUUAAAGCCACAGACAGCCUAAAACCAGGUUACUUGAGGGAAGACUGAUUUCCAUUCAGACCUUUCCAAUUUGUUGUUGUUGUUGUUGUUUAGUCGUUUAGUCGUGUCUAACUCUUCGUGACCCCAUGGACCAGAGCACGCCAGGCACUCCUGUCUUCCGCUGCCUCCCGCAGUUUGGUCAAACUCAUGCUGGUAGCUUCGAGAACACUGUCCAACCAUCUCGUCCUCUGUCGUCCCCUUCUCCUUGUGCCCUCCAUAUUUCCCAAAAUCAGGGUCUUUUCCAGGGAGUCUUCUCAUGAGGUGGCCAAAGUAUUGGAGCCUCAGCUUCAGGAUCUGUCCUUCCAGUGAGCACUCAGGGCUGAUUUCCUUCCGAAUGGAGAGGUUUGAUCUUCUUGCAGUCCAUGGGACUCUCAAGAGUCUCCUCCCGCACCAUAAUUCAAAUUUAUAUACGGUUCCAAUUUAUAUACGGUUAUAGGUAAGGUCUUUUCCAUCUCUGUGUUGUGGAUCUCCACAAGGAAAACCAUCCAGUUGGCUUCCUCUCCCUUGUCUUCUAAAGAUUGCUUAAGGCAUCUGCAUCUUUCUCCCUUUGGGUUGGUUUUUUUUGUUUUUGUUUUUUAAUUACCACUGUUGAGUUUCAGUGCCAAGUUUCUUCUUUUUAUGGGUUAGUUGCUGCUUUGAGAGCGCUUGGUGAAUGGGAAGGAGAUAUAUAAAUAAGUAAUAAAUACGAUAAAGACAGUGGUAAUAGGCAAGGAUCUUUUCAUCAAUGUUUCAUUUUAAAAUCCGCCUUUGUCACUUAAUAUUUGUUGCUAAUAAAGUAGAUGCUGACACAAAGAAGUAACAUUUGGAACAAAAAAACCAAGAACAUUGCUCAGUUGUUUUCAGAGAGUGUUGCGAUUCAAUUUUGUAUAGAACGAAAGGAUGUGAUGGUGAGCCAGUAAACUGUUAUUGUCAGCUGCUAUUCAUCAUCACAGAAAGUGAUGGAUGGAAAAAGGACUAUGCGUGUACACAUUCAUUUGUAAGAGUUUCUUGACAGAUUUUACAAUCAAAAUAUUUGAGAACUUUUAAAAUGUAGUCUUUAUGCAGGCAAAGGGUACGCAGAAAUAUUUAAAAUAAAGUUUGCUGCAGCACUGAAAAUUAUAACCAAAGUAUGGAAAUGGUUGGGAGAUGGCAGGAGUCAACGUUUAUAGAGUUAUGGGGAAACAAUGUGUGACUUUUCUGUGUUCUGCUUUAAAAUCAAUAGUUGCAUAUAAUAUUGCUAUUUCUCUCCUGCCACCGGAAACUUGCUAAUACUCCCACUUUCUGUCAUCCAAAACAAUGUAUGAACCUCAUUGAUUUUCAUAAAUUAAAGUACAACCUAUGAUAAUAAAGCUAGAAAAACAGUUCAGUAUACCAGAACAAUUCUUCAGAGGCAGUCAAUUUUCUAGGUGCCUAGAAUUUUCAAGCUUGCAUUGUUACAUGGCAGACUGAAAUAAACAUUUGAAUUGUAAUUAAAAAAACAAAAACAAACGUGUUCAGAUCCUGUGCAGGAAGCUUUUAAGAAUGGAUUGCCUUUCUUAAUAUGGCUGUACAAAGUCCUUAAGCUGGAAAAAAAAUCAAUAGGUUAAAGUCAAUAACUGCUGCUCCUAUUCUCACAGUGUUGCAGGAGGGGAGCUCUUUGAUUUUUUAGCUGAAAAGGAAUCUCUGUCUGAAGAGGAGGCCACAGAAUUUCUCAAGCAAAUCCUCAAUGGUGUUAACUAUCUGCACUCUCUGCAAAUUGCACACUUUGAUCUCAAGGUAUGUUGGAUAGAUUUUAAGUUUGGGAAUAGUGCCUAAAGCAACACUUAGAACUUGGAUAGCAUAAUAAAAAUCCCCAUUAUUUAUGUAGAAGGUAGCUAUUGAUAAGAGUAUCAUGGUGGUGGCGGAGCAUGCCCCGGGGCUUCUGCACUAUUUCCUAAAUAUUUUGUGCCUCUACCUACUAGUCCACUCACUUUGCCCGCCUGAAAGAACCUGUGCAGUCUCAGUUCCAAACCAGACUUAAUGAUUGGUGAAUGUGAGUAAUUAUUAAUUGAAGGAAGACUCUGGUUUUGAACUGGAUGUGGAAAAUGAAUUGAGGAGAACUUAAUUAAAGACUCGCUGAUUUGGGGUAGAUGGGGGGAUGGGCUCAAAUUAAUUGAAGAAUUUAUUUUACUUAGGGUCAUUUGGAUGAGAAAUAAAUUAGCUUGCUGCUGUGAAGUUUAUUUCCAAACUUGCGUUUGUAUAUACAAAUUAGCAUGUGCAAAUGUGUGUUUUAUGAGUCUCUGCCUCAAUUAUUUUAAGCACUUAGGAAUACUCCUGAUUUUGUAAAGAACAAAUGUGAAUCUUGCAGCUGUUCUGUGCACGACCCACCAUUAUAUUAUGAUGUUUGGAUAUAAUAAAUCAUCAUCUGGGAACCUGUGUCAGUCAGGAUUCAGUGUGAGGAACCAAUGUGUUUUCACAGCCACAGGGCCAUUUCCGUUGAGUGUGGUGCUUAGAGCAUAUGAGUUUGAGUACUUGUCAGGAAGAGAUUAUUUUUCCAAAUUGUUCCUGUGUUUUGCAACUGCUCACACGCAACCAAUCUUUUUUUCUUCAAAGCCUGAGAACAUAAUGCUGCUGGAUAGAAAUGUACCAAAGCCUCGUAUCAAGAUCAUUGACUUCGGCUUAGCGCAUAAAAUAGACUUUAGUAAUGAGUUUAAGAACAUUUUUGGGACGCCUGAAUUUGUUGGUGAGUGUUGUACUUCCCUAUUUAGCUGUUGUGAUGUGUUUGCAUGACAGUGCUGAAGUGGACUGGUUCGUAUAGUCGGAGGAGAACUGACCUCCAUUUUCCACAUGAGCUGGAAACUUAAGUCUACUCCGUCUCUCGCCUGUACUGUCUGUGCUGAGAACAGGGGCAGUGGAUGGGCAAGCACAACCUGUCCAGAUUGCACAGCAAAAGAAUUUACCUAGGACGAUACUGUAGUGUGUACUUCUCCCAGUUUCUCAUUUGCCAUGCAAAUAAAGGAACAUACCGUAUUUUUCGCUCUAUAAGACGCACCAGACCACAAGACGCACCUAGUUUUUGGAGGAGGAAAACAAGAAAAAAAAAAUCUGAAUCUCAGAAGCCAGAACAGCAAGAGGGAUCGCUACGCAGUGAAAGCAGCAAUCCCUCUUGCUGUUCUGGCUUCUGGGAUAGCUACGCAGCCUGCAUUCACUCCAUAAGACGCACACACAUUUCCCCUUACCUUUUAGGAGGGAAAAAGUGAGUCUUAUAGAGCAAUAAAUACGGUACAUUACAAGCUCACACACAUUUUUCCAGCCCUCCUGUCUCCAUAUGCCCAUCUUAGAAAUUUGUGACAGAUGGAUGGCCUGACUUCAAAACAGAAAAUAAGAAACAGUUCUACCCAUUCGCAAAUGCCUGGUAACCUGGAGCUCAUUCCUGGUGCCAGAUGGGAGACCUUUUAUUUAUUUAAAAAUACUUAUAUCCUGCUUACUCAUCAAAAGAAAUAUCAAGAGAGGUUUACAGGAAUCUGCUGAUGACACACCCAGCUCUGUUUCUCUUUUAUAUCUGACCCAGGUGUUGGCAUGGUAUCAGCUGGUAUCUGGAAUCAGUAAUGGGCUGGAUGAGAGCUAAUAAAUAGAAGCUCAAUCCAGAUAAAGACGGUGGUGGUGAUGAAUGAUUUAUCAAUCCAGGGAAGUGGUAUUCAGCCUAUUCUGGAUGGGGUUGAGCUUCAUGAGAAUCAGGUCUCCAUUCUCGGAGUUCUGCUUGCCCCUGCUUUGCUGCGGGAUACUCAGGUGGCCUAUGUUUCUUGUACCCAUUCUCCAAAAACAUCCAGGUUUGGUGUCAUGUGUUAGACAUGGGGCUGCUCUGGAAGGACAUCCAGAAAUUACAGCUAGUUUAGAGCAUGGCAGCAAGAUUGAGUCAGCACCACAAGAAUACUUCAGUGGUAUGGAGAACUUCACUAGCUGCUAGUUCAUUGUUGAGUUCAAUUCAAGGUGCUGGUUUUGGCCUUUAAAAACCUAAAUGGCUUGGAAUCAGGGUAUCUGGGAGAUUCUUUUCUACCAGAUAACCAUCUACUAAAAUCUUGGUUCCUUUGGUUUUUGAGGUUGGAAGGGUGGCUACCAGAGAGAGGUCCAUUUCAGUGGUGGUGCCCAAAUUAUGGAACUCUCUCUCUAGGUAUGUUCACCUUGCACAUUUAUUGCAGCUUACUCUAAGCUUUUAAUAACAUCUGAUCAGCAUUUAUGGUAUCCUGGCACCCAUUUUAAAUGGAUAAUUUGAAACGCUUAAUACAUUUUUGUUUAGGCAUGCUUAUUCAGACAUGUUUAUGUUUUUACUCUUUUUUACUCUUGAUUUUAAAUAUAUUUCAAUGUUAUUGUUUGUAACUGUUCUUAUCGGACUUUUAAUACAGCUCAGUCGGUAGAGAGCGUGAGACUCUCAAGGUUGUGAGACUGAGCAAAAGAUUCCUCCAUUUCAGGGGUUGGACUAGAGCAUGGGUAGGCAAACAAAGGCCAGGGGUCCGGAUCCGGCCCAGUUGCCUUCUAAAUGAGUAGAAUGUGUGCUUUUAUUUAAAAUGCAUCUCUGGGUUAUUUGUGGGGCAUAGGAAUUCAUUCAUUUCCCCCCAAAAAAUAUAGUCCGGCCCCCCACAAGGUCUGAGGGACAGUGAACCGGCCCCCUGCUGAAAACGUUUGCUGACCCCUGGACUAGAGGAUCCUUGUGGUCCCUUCCAACUCUACAAUUCUAUAAUUCUAUGAUUCUUGUAAACCAUUUGGAUGUUUUGCUACCAUGAAGUGGUAUAUAAAUUUUGUUAAAUAAAAAUAAAUUUGUCCAAAGCUUUUUUUAGUAUUACUGUCUGGCUGCUGCUGCUCAUUUUUUGCUUAUUUGUUGUUUAGUUGGUUGUAUGCUGGUUUAUUGUUUUUAUUCUAGUUGUUCUAAAGCAUGUGUGGAAUAUAUAGAUCUCUAAAAAAAAAAAUUCUCGCAUCCAUUUUAGAAUAGGUGAAAAGGGUGCAGACUGAGCUACAGGCCAGUAGCCUGAUAGUAGCCUGAUAGGCAGUAGUCAAAGGGAAGGUAAACAAAUACAGAAAAAGUGAGAGAUAACCAAAUUUUGGAACAAGAUGGAGAUAGACUGAAAUUGCAGAGUUUUGAAAAAUUAAAAAACAAAGUGCGAGACUGGCUUCAUUACUUCCAGAUAAUGGAGGCAUUCAAAUUGGACAAGAAAAUUGGCUUCCAGGUGGAAAAAUCAAAGUUAGAAACAGAACUGUUAGAACCCAAAACUAAGAAUUUGUCAAGAAUGUAUAACUUGCUGCUGAAAUGGAAUACUCAGGACGAAACGGUGAAAUCUGCUAUGAUUAAAUGGGCUCAAGACGUCGGACAUAACAUUAUGUUUGCUGACUGGGAACAGUUAUGGACCACAGGUAUAAAAUUUACGGCAUGUAAUGCCUUAAGAGAGAAUAUUAUGAAAAUGAUAUACAGGUGGUACAUAACCCCAGUCAAGCUUGCAAAAAUUUAUCAUUUGCCUGAUAAUAAAUGUUGGAAAUGUAAGGAAAUUGAAGGUACAUUUUUUCACCUUUGGUGGACGUGCCCAAAGAUUAAGGCUUUCUGGGAAAUGAUAUAUAAUGAAUUAAAAAAGGUAUUUAAAUAUACCUUCUUGAAGAAACCAGAGGCCUUUCUCCUGGGCAUAGUCGGCCAAACGGUGUUAAAAAAGGAUAGAACUUUCUUUAUGUAUGCAAUAACAGCAGCAAGAAUACUCAUUGCAAAGUAUUGGAAGACACAAAAGCUACCCACACUGGAGGAAUGGCAGAUGAAACUGAUGGACUUUAUGGAAUUGGCGGAAAUGACUGGCAGAAUCCGUGACCAGGGAGAAGAGUCGGAGGAAGAAGAUUGGAAGAAAUUUAAAGAUUACCUACAGAAAUAUUGCAAAAUUAAAGAAAGUUAGAGUGAUGAUGGACUGAAAUUAAGUGGUUUCUAGCUGUACAGGCUUUAAAGUUAUAUGCAGAUCAAGAUUAAGGAUCAGGAUUAAAAAGGUUAAAAGAAUGGAAAAUUGGCUAUUAAUAGGUAAAAGUUUAAUGUUAUAUUAUAUUGAGAUUAAGGAUUGGGAUUAAAAAGGAGGGAAAGGAAUUGCUGGACAAACAAACUGGAUUGGAAUACAAAAGAGGGAGGUAUGAGGAGGUCCAGAAAAUAAGUAAAUUCAAAGUAGUGAUGAAAAGAUGGAAUUGUUUUUAACUGUUUUUUUCUUUUUUCUUUUCUUUUUGUAUUGUGUAUUGUGUAUUGGGUAUUUUUCUUUUUACUUUUAAAUUUUUGUUUUUAUUGAUGUGUUUCUUUUUAUCUGAAGCUUUAAUAAAUAUCUUUAAAAAAAAACAAACAAAUUAUAAAAAGAACACAGAUGAAAAACAUUGUGCCACUAAAGGAGGAAGGAAACAAGACACUUGUAAUUGAAAAAGAAAAGUUCAGAGACCAGCAAGUGGUUCAUAUUAGAAAAAAGAUACAGGAAUUUAAGCAAGGUGGAUGAGUGUUAAUGCAAAAAUAGAAAUUCUGUGGAAAGGAAAAGCUGUUGACAAAAGUGUGUAGAUUGAAUAAAAGGAAUAGCUGUUAAUUUAAUGCAUAAAAGAGUGUUCAUUUAUCUCUUUGCAUGUAGCAACAUAUAAAACAAAGACAGUGAGAAGGAAAAAAUGGAUGUUUUAUUUUAAGUUCCUUCCAGGCCCUAAAAAUAGUCCACAUGAGGGAGGAAACUGUUGGGAACUAAUGCAAGUUUUUAAAAUAGACUCCAUAAUUACUUGGAAAAUAUGUUGAAACACCAAUAACAAUGUAGAACAUUCCUACUGUAGAGUAUAGGGAAGGAAGACAGAAGGAAGCAUUGUAUAAAUAAACCAUAGAAAGCAAAGUUGUUUCCAUAUCGAAAUAAGAAAAUGGGGAGAGCACAGAACAAGGGCUGUGAUAAAGGGAAAAUCUUCAGGUUAACAUAAAGCAAAGACAUCAGGCAUUUGAAUAAUUGGGGGGUGUUAUUGAACAGCAGGAAGAGAAGGAAUAUUUCCAAAAUUAACUCAAGAAAAAAAUGUCAUGAAGAUAACAAAGAUAACCACACAAAAACAUUGCACACAAGACUAAAGGAGUUAAAGUGACUUGUAUUCCAUAAACUAAACUAGGAACAGUGAGGAAAACAUUAAAAGCAGACUUCUGGGGCUUGUAUGUUUCUAUACGUUAAGAGAGCAGAACAGGGGACAAUAACAAGUGGAAGAGAGGUUAACAGAGAAAUAAUGUUGAACAUGUACAUGUUCAUCAAGCAGAAAUAAAAGAAGAAAAUGGUAUGAGAGUGGGUGGUAGUGUUUUAUAUGUUAGGAAAAACAUAAGCCUCUCAGAGUGCCAAACACAUUAUUAUUAGGCAGUUUGAUAUGUACAUGUCAGUAUUGCUUAGGGCUCCAUUUCAUAUGUGAUCAGUGGUGAUCAUUACAUGUGUUCAGUCUUUACAAGUUCUCUUUAAAUGUUGCCCAUCCUCUUGAACACUGUUUCUAGGUAGGUAAUAUUUACCUGCAUUCAAACUAAUUUGAAUUUGAAUAUUUGCAAAUUUAACGCCCUUUCCUUUCUGUAUGUCAGAGUCAUGAUUUUCUGCCUGGACUGUCUAUAUACAGUAUAUAUUUUUAAUUUGAAAGAUUUAUGUCCUGCCUUUCAAUAUAAAGCUUGUAAGGUGGAUAAGAUGGUAAAAACAACUUAAAACAAUACUUUUAAUAUAAAAAAGCAAUUUUGUAUUUACAUGAUUGCUUUAUAACUAAAACCACAGACAAAGUAGCAGUAAAACAGCAGUGGCAAAAGGAGAGAAGGAAAUCAGUUUAGUGGAAUGGCAUUGCCUUACUUUGGGGUAGGCAUGUGCAGAUCGCACAGUAAACUUGAUCCAAAGCUCCUCUGACCUUUUCCUCCUCCUGAGAAAAUAGCACCCCCUCCAGGAUGAUUCUACUCUGCACCUAAUCACUGAAGGCAGGUCGUUCUCAAAGCUGAUGCACAGAUUCCUAUGGAAGCAGACAGUCCCAAACUAAUGUAUAUAGUUUUAUAAGUUAAAAACUUCUACAUCUCUCCAGAUGCAAAUGUGGCAAUUUUUAGUUCUGGUUUGAUGAUCCUGGCCAGCUGAAGUUUCUGGACAGUCUUCAAAAUCAGCCCUGGAUACAAUACACAGCAGAUGUUUUGGGAACGUGAAUACAUCUGGCAAUAGUAUAUACAUGGAAUGUGUUGUUUUCAAAUACAGGGGAUCAUAAUGAAUAAAUAUCUUACAGAACAGUCUGAAUCAGUUUCAUAAAAAGUUUAAAAGGGGGUGAGGUUGUGAUAGAAUGAAUUGUAAAAUAAACGAACGAUAAAAUGUUUGUGGCUCUGCAUUUGUGUAAACUAAUGCAGCUUGUAAACUAAUGUACAGAUGAUUCCUGUUGGAAAAUCUGCUUUUUCCAUUUGCUCAUUCUAGACCCUACCCUUGUGGUAUGUAUGCUUCAUAGCUGAAAAAAAAUAUUGUUUCGUGUCAAACCGCUCUGCUAUGGACUAAAACUUCUGCUUUGUCUCUUAGCUCCUGAAAUAGUAAAUUAUGAACCACUGGGCCUUGAGGCAGAUAUGUGGUAAGUUCACAAUUCUUCUGCACUUGGAAAGUUUUGUAAUUUUUUUGUGUCUUUUUGAAUAGUGAUAGACACUCUUUCUUUUUUCAGGAGUAUUGGUGUAAUAACGUAUAUUCUGUAAGUAUUAACACUCUAAAUCACUUAGUUUUACCCAUUUGGUUAUUAAAUCAACUUCACAAAGUUAUAGUCAAGGUUACUUAUCUAUCCAGGCCCAUGUUUUGGAUAGUUGUACAUAAUUUUCCAAAUAUAUACUUCAAACUACUGAUUACAAAUAUAAUUUGUUGCUGUCCUUAUUUUCAAUGUUACGAUUUAUUAUUAUGUUCCUCUAUAUGGGAACAUAAUUUUAUUUUAUUUGAAUAGUGUGAAUUUUUCCAUGCAGUCAGCAUAAAUGAUGAAAAGCGAAAAUAUGUAAAUUCUGAGAGUUGCAGUCACUGUGAGAAGAUAGUGGAGGCCUUGUUUAAGUUAUUGGGCUGAGCUUCAGAAUCACUUUUAAAACUCAAUCCUGGAACCAAACUUUUUGUCCUGGAGUCAUACUAUAUCAUUGUGACCGAACUUAUUUUUUGCAGUCUGAGUGGUGCAUCGCCGUUUCUGGGAGAGACCAAACAAGAAACAUUAGCCAAUGUGUCUGCAGUGAACUAUGACUUCGAGGAGGAAUUCUUCAGCAACACCAGUGCUUUAGCGAAAGAUUUUAUAAGAAGACUACUAAUCAAGGAUCCAAAGUAAGUUUCUUCCAGGAUUCAUUUUGUGAUUCAAGCAAACAGGAUUAGUUGGUAGUUACCCUUAUGCCUUUCAAAGUGAAGGAGAUCUUCACUGUUUUGUUGAUCCAAGCUGUCAAGUUUGCUGCCCUUAAGGUAAAGGUAAAGGGACCCCUGAUCAUUAGGUCCAUUCGUGUCUGACUCUGGGGUUGCGGCGCUCAUCUUGCUUUAUUGGCGAAGGGAGCCGGCGUACAGCUUCUGGGUCAUGUGGCCAGCAUGACUAAGCCGCUUCUGGCAAACCAGAGCAGCGCAUGGAAACGCCGUUUACCUUCCCACCGGAGCGGUACCUAUUUAUCUACUUGCACUUUGACGUGUUUUCGAAGUGGAGCAGGUUGGCAGAAGCAGGGACUGAGCAACGGGAGCUCACCCUGUCACGGGGAUUCGAACUGCCGACCUUCUGAUCGUCAAGUCCUAGGCUCUGUGGUUUAACCCACAGCGCCACCCGCAUCCCAUUGCUGCCCUUACCACACCACUUUAUACAAUUUGCAUUUGCUUAUUUAUUAGUUACUUCUAGCAUGUUUUCAGUGCUGUAUAAAUAUGUAGUGGAAGUAAGCGCCUGAAGAAUAUGUUAGAACUAGUCUGGUGUAAUGUUCAGAAUCUCCAGCUGGAACCAGGAAGACAUAACGUUUAAGUGUCCACUAAUCUAUGAAACUGACCAUGGGAUCAUUUCUCAGCCGAACCUACCUUACAGAAUUGUUGUGAGAAUAAAAAUAGGGGUACGUAUAUGCCUUUUUGAGGCCUUUGAAGGAAAUACAGACCAUAAAAGUAAUAAAUGAAAUGAAUUUUUUUUUCUCCUUUAAAAGGAAGAGAAUGACAAUUCAAGACAGCUUGCAGCACCCAUGGAUUAAGGUUAGUGUGCAAUGCAUAGAUUAUUAUAUUAGUUUUACCUCUUUCUUUUGCCCAUGUAGAAGGCAAUAUCUUCUUCGCUUCUUCACUGAAGGAUAUAGCAUUUCAAAGUGUUGUUUUAAUUUUCUCACAGCCGAAGGACACCCUUCAAGCACUUAGUAGAAAAGCAUCUGCCGUGAAUAUGGAAAAAUUCAAGAAGUUCGCAGCACGAAGGAAAUGGAAAGUAAGACCUAACAGUUCUUUAUAGUAACUAUUGUUCUUUGGCUUUGGAAUAAGUACAUGUAACAGCGGCUCACAUGAAAUCAUAAUGCUUAACUAUGCUCUAACAUGGAACAAGCAGCAUGAUGGUACCCACGGCUCAUCCUCGUUUAUUGUCCCCAGCACAACUGGGCCAGGAGUAAAGAAGGAGCAAGUGGGAAUGAAUGGUUAAAGAUUAAGUAUAGUUUAACAUGGCGUAUCAACCUAGCCAGUAUAUAUUAACACAUGAAAGCUAUUGAGAGCUUCAUCUGGGCCUUAAAUGAUUUGGUUAAGUUCAGUCCUGAACUUCUUGUAUAUUUGUUAGACUUUUAGAGUGAAAUUGGUACAGGGCAUUACAGCUGAGCAGCAGAUAGUAUUUCCAGUGUAUCUUGAGAAAUGAAAGAAGAGCAGGAGGAAGUAAGAGCAGAAAGGAGUUUCUUGCAAACUGUGAAAAAGAGACGUGUAGGAUAACUUGGAAGAAAGAGAUAUGGAACAGUGUGCAUAAUUAUCAUCAGGGGAUAAUAACUGUUAGUAGAGAGAGAGAGAGAGUUAGCAAAUAAGUCCAACCAAAGAGAAGAACUUCUUGGAAACAAGAUCACCAAAUGCAAGGCAGAUGUGGCUGUUGAUGAAUUCAGCCCUAUAAAAAUAGAUCCCAAAUUUGUCCUAGAUCUGACUCUCAUAAGACUUUCUAAUGUGAUAAUAAGGCAUUCCAAGGUUAUUUGGCCACAUCAGUUUUCAGUGGCAGAUACUUAAUGUCCAGUAUGCCUUGUCAUAUUCACCAUAUGACAGAAGCCCUCGAAAAUUAGAUGCCUCUGCAAAUGUAGCAUUCCACAAUGGCACAUUGAACCAUAUGCCACAUAGAACGAUAUGCCACAUAGUACUAACAUGGUAAUAUUGGUUGUGUUGCUGCUUGACAGCCCUGUUUUAUUAAUAUGCUUAUUAGCAAUCAUUCACUGAUGAUCAGUGGAUCUUUCCUCAGUGGGAAAUACAGGCAGUGACCAUUUUAGGUGUGUCUGAUAUGUGUGCAACUGCAUCAUUCCAGACCAAAAAGUGACCUGAAAACGUCACCAAAAGAGGCAAGGCAGGGACAGAGUGUGGUGUUUGCAGGCUUUCUCAAUGGGUGUUCUGAUUACAUGUGAUUUCACACAAGCGCACAGUGACCCAGAACGCAAUCCCCACACAACCGGGGAGUUGCCUGUAAUGGUGCCCUCUAGAACAGGCUUCCUGAACCUCGGCCCUCCAGAUGUUUUGAGACAAUUCCCAUCAUCCCUGACCACUGGUCCUGCUAGCUAGGGAUCAUGGGAGUUGUAGGCCAAAAACAUCUGGAGGGCCGAGGUUCAGGAAGCCUGCUCUAGAAGUUGUUGGACUAUAAUCAUCAUCCUGGACCAUCAGCUGUCCUUUCUGGGGCUGAUGGGAAUUGAAGUCCAGCAACAUCUGGAGGGGGUACCAUUGGCUAACUCACCAUCAGACGACACUAUUUUAUUUUAUAUUUUGGAUGGGCAAUUUGUCUAUAGGGAAUCAGAUCUGAGAGGAUCGUUCUGCAAGGUAAAGUGGGAAGAAAUAGAGAGAGUUGGCAGUUCAGUUUGGAUACAACAAGGGCAGGGGGAAUAAAGGUUUUAUCAGGACUUAACCUGGACUGGAAACAACUGUCAGGGUGUCUGCACUUCCUUCCUGCAAAAUUCAUGUAGGAGCAAAUCUUUUUGCUGCCCUCUGUAGCGAUCCUGCUGAACAAAUAUUGCAGAUACAUUGUGAGUCUGCAGCCUCUUUCAUCUAAAGGACACUAUAUUUUAGAGCAUGACCCCUGGAUUACUCAGGGAAGUAUGGAGUGUGUAACCAUACUAUUAUCUUGAGGCAAAUGAACCAUAUAAAAAUACAGACCUUUGAGACUUAGCUUGAAUGCAACUACUAACAGUUUAGCCAUAUUGCUUGCGGAACUGAACUCAUAUCAGAAAUGUUUCCUAUAAUGAGUUUUUAUGGUUUCACAUAAAUAUUUGUCUCUUCUCUUACAAAAGCAAUCAGUGCGCUUAAUAUCGCUAUGCCAAAGAUUAUCAAGAUCCUUUUUGUCCAGAAGUAACAUGAGCGUGGCUAGGAGCGAUGACACUCUGGUAAGUAAAUACUUGGGAGUAUGGGGAUUAACAUAGCAUAUAACAUCUUCUGAACUGUAGUAAUUGGAACUGUAAUGUCCCUUGCAGGUGUUUCAAAUUGAUCCCAAGGAACUGAGCAAUAAAUAAAGACAAAAGACAAUAUGUGGACAAUACCUGUAAUCUAAUUUAAGAUAGAUGACUAAAUUUUGCUCAGUCAGUUCUGCUUUCCAUAUUUCUGGAUGAAGCUAAUUCAUUGCAAUGCUAUUUGAGCACCACUAAUGGGUUAAAUCUAGAAACAAGCCAGAAGUCUCUCAAGUAGAUAGAGGAGAACAGCAGGAAUCAAACAGAAAAUUGGGUUGGCAUUUUGUCUCCCUCCUUCGUACAGGUCACCUUAAUUACAGCAGUAGCUUGGCUGGCGGACAUUGGGGUACCAAAGUGUAAGAAGAUUCUCCCCCUUCCGCUUGUCUGAGCUGCCAUCAGUGUGAUACAGUUGAGAGGUGCGGCCACCUUAUUUGCUUUUGUGUAACCGUGUAGCUGGCCAAGAGAUGUGAGAAGAGACUCUGUGCCAUUCCCAAUAAGUUGUUGGUCACCCAGUGAGCUUCAUGGCUGAGUGAGGAUUUGAACCCUGGUUUCCCAGGUCCUUGAACAGACCCAUUAAAAUUAAUAAACAUAACUGUUCGACCCAUUAAUUUCAGUGGGUCUGCUGAGUAAAACACCCAUAGUUUUUGGUUUUAAGACUAAACCAUAUUUUAGUGACCAUAAUGCAAAAACUGGAAGCAUUUGCUUCCUGGUUUUAAACUUGCUUUAGAUUCUCAUCAUGUCUACACUAAGCAAAAGUGUGGUUACUUUGAACUAUGCUUUUUUUUUAAAACAAGCCAGGCUCAGAUUGUGAUAUUUGGUUUAGGUUUGCUUUAAUAAACCAUAGUUGAAACAGCUGUUCUUAAUUUAGACAUCAUAAUGUAUUGCGUGUUUAGUUUAAACCAGCAACACUUCCUUUUUAUGCUUUCACAUGAAAGCAGGUAUGCUAUCUGUUUUGAGUCUUUCUGAUUUACACUUGGAGGUGCAUAAAUCCUGUAGAUUUCUUUUUAAAGGUUUGAUUCUGUACUUUAUGAAAUGUGUUCUUAAAUACAGUGGUACCUCGGUUUACGUACUUAAUUCAUUCUGGAAGUCCAUUCUUAAACCAAAACCAUUCUUAAACCAUGGCGCGCUUUCCCUAAUGAGGCCUCCUACCACCGGUGCCCUUCCACCAUUCGGGUUCCAUUCCUAGACCGAGGUAAAGUUCGCAAACCAGGACAUUACUUCCGGUUUUGCAGAGUUUGUAAACCAAAUCAUUCGUAAACAGAGCUGUUCUUAAACCAAGGUACCACUGUACUAGUUUUAAUAAGUAUCAUGCAAACAUUUUUUCCCUUAGAAUUAAAAGUCCUUAGGCAUUAAAAAUUCUGCAGAGUAGCAAGUCUUUCUGUCUUACUCUCUUUAUCUCACUUUGCUAACUUCUACAUUUUUGUAAAUGAAAUCUCUGCUUAUUGAUGUGCUGUUAUUUUUUAAUGUUGAAUCAGUAAUCGUAACCGUUGCAGAACCAGCUCCCAGUAGAAUUGUAGCCUCGUGCCACUGUGGUUUAAAACCUUAUAAACUCUAGAUAGGAGUAAUUUAUAGCACUGUUCUGCUUUAAGAUGUCGUUCUUGGGAAAUAGAUGCUUCUUAUUCCUGUUUUUAUGUUGAUGUAGCUUUUAAAAAACGAAUUGUGAAAUGCAUAAUAGAGCUCUUUUAAAUCAGGGUCAGUGAUAUGUGCUGAUGCAUAAAAAAGGAGACUCUUAUUAGAGAAAGUAAAUUACCUCCAGAAUUUAAGCAAAUGUUAUAACAGCUUGUUUCCCAUUGGGAAUGGCAGUCAUACUGUGAAAUGACAAUAUAUUGCUGCUGAAGAGUUUAUUUCCUUUCCAUACCCUCUUCCCUCUCAAAGCUAAUAACUUUUUUUUCUCUUGUCUUUCCCUUCCCAUCUACUUUCUGGUUAAUUUAUGAGGACGAGGAAGAUUCAUUUGUAAUGAAAGCCAUCAUUCAUGCCAUCAAUGAUGACAACGUUCCUGGUCUCCAGCACCUUCUGGGCUCUUUGACCAAUUAUGAUGUCAAUCAACCUAAUAAGGUAUGCUGUUGCUGUAUAGAUUUAGCAGCUAAAGAAGAAGAAGCUAUCAUUUUUACUGACAAACAAAGAUCAGCCCAAAGACUCAUGAGCAUUCCAAUAUCAAUUCAGGAAAAUCUUCCUGGGAAGGUUACAGAGGACACAGUUUUGUUUGGGGGUUUUUAUUUGCAUGUGUGGACAAGGAGCUAUCUCUCCCACUUGAUAUCUAGCUUUCAACACCCGUUUUGAGAAAAUAUCACAACAUCUAUCGACAGUUACUUCCAUUCUUGAUGUCUUUGCCCAGAUUUGCCAGCAGUGAUGAGUGGAGAAGAAGGAAAAGCUAAGGCUGUUGUGUGCAGUUUAGGCCUCCCCUCCAAAAAAAACCAUGUCGGAUCCAAAAGCUACCAUUGCUGCCUCUCAUUGGGUGGUCCUGGGGAGGGAGGUAUCUGGCGCUGUCUGCAUGAGAGGGUGGAAUGGAUGGUUGUUGCUGUGAGAAUGAGGUGUUACAUAGUUAGCUGUUCCUCUUCCUUUUCAUAAAUGCUUGAAAACCGGCAGUGUACCUCCAGCCCUGAAAAACUUGCUUUUCUGUAUAAUUAAAAUAUUCAGCGCCUUUAUCCUUCAAUCAUUAUUUAUCUUCCAAAUCUUUCAUUGUCUUUGCAUCUCUCCAGUGAAUUGGUUUUUCAUGAUUUGUCAAUAUCCUUUUUGAAAUACGAUGCCAACUUACACAAUGUUCACAAAGCUAAAUUUAGCAGUACUGUUGCUCACUACAUUAUGAAAACAAUAAUCCUAAUAAUGAAAAAUAAAGACUCUGCAUGUUAGCUAUAGGUUUUAUUACAUACAGAGAGCUAUUGUGCAUGGUGCACCGGACCCACUCUAAAUCUUUCUCAGAAACUCAUAGCAUUGCAUUUUUGGAUGUUUGUUAAAUGUAUCUGGACUUUCAGAGCGAUUUUGACGCAGCUCUUCAAAAGCAGAUGCUUACUCUUCGUACACAGAUUUUGCAUCAGCUAAAACAUGUAUAUGUAUUUAUAAAUAUCCAUAUACCACUAUAUCAUUAAAAAAUCAAAGCGGUUUACAAUCUUGCCUUCAUAUAUAAUAAAAUCUGUUAAAAAAUUAAAUCAGAGACUACCAACUAGCUACAGUGGUACCUCGGGUUAAGUACUUAAUUCGUUCCAGAGGUCCGUUCUUAACCUGAAACUGUUCUUAACCUGAAGCACUACUUUAGCUAAUGGGGCCUCCUGCUGCCGCCGCGCCGCCAGAGCCCGAUUUCUGUUCUUAUCCUGAAGCAAAGUUCUUAACCUGAAGCACUAUUUCUGGGUUAGCGGAGUGUGUAACCUGAAGUGUAUGUAACCCGAGGUCCCACUGUGUGUGUGUGUGUGUGCCAGAAAUAGUGCUUCAGGUUAAGAACUUUGCUUCAGGAUAAGAACAGAAAUCGGGCUCUGGCGGCGCGGCGGCCAAUAUAUAUAUAUAUAUAUAUAUAUAUAUAUAUAUAUAUAUGUUGUUCUCUCCCAUAAUCUCUUGAGACCCAGCCAGAUGGGUGGGGUAUAAAUAAUAAAUUAUUAUUAUUGAGAAAAGUGAUCAGUUUUUAACAGUUUGUUCAUUGCAGCAUGGGACACCUCCAUUUCUGAUUGCUGCUGGAUGUGGAAAUAUUCAAAUGCUUCAGUUAUUCUUAAAGCGAGGUGCCCGCAUUGAUGUCCAAGAUAAGGUGAGACAAUUGUUUAGAGUGGUAUCUAAAUUUGUUACUUAUUUGCAGUGCAUUUUAGAAGGAAACAGAUCGAACAUUUGUUUACAUUAUUGUAAAUCAAGAUUAUAGAUUGCAAUCAUUCCUGCAGCUCAGUCAGUCAUAUUCUAAAUUUGGCAAAGAGCAAUUGCAUUUCUCACCCUUUCGUUAGUAUCAGCAAGUUAAUACCCAUAUGAAUUCAUUUUAUUUGAAUGAAUACCUAAACAAAAUGUUUCCACUUUGGAAAAGUCGCUUUGUUAGAUCUUGAUAAUUCUCCUCAUCGUGUAACAUUAUCCUAAGUGUGUUGGAAUAGGUUGCUGCAAUUUGCUUAUGGUUUUAUUGAUUGCCAUCAUCAAAUAUUUUGGACAGGCAGGAUCUAAUGCAAUCUACUGGGCGUCUCGACAUGGUCACGUCGAAACUCUGAAAUUCCUCCAUCUAAAUAAAUGUCCUUUGGAUGUUAGAGACAAGGUAAGGGCAAACUUUUAAAUCUGUUGGAGGCUAUUUUAGAUAGCCUUGUGGUGCCAUCGUAUAGCUUCUCUACUCAGAAAUAAUCCCCACUGACUUCAGUGGGACCUAAGAAAGGUAAAGGUAAAGGACCCCCGACAGUUAAGUCCAGUCGCAGACAACUCUAGGGUUGUGCCACUCAUCUCGCUUUACAGGCCGAGGGAGCUGGUGUUUGUCCGCAGACAGUUGGGACCAGCAUGACAAAGCCGCUUCUGGCAAACCAAAGCAGCGCACAAAAAUGCCGUUUACCUUCCCGCCGGAGCGGUACCUAUUUAUCCACUUGCACUUUUUGGCAUGCUUUCAAACUGCUAGGUUGGCAAGAGCUGGGACCGAGCAACGGGAGCUCACCUCGUCCCGGGGAUUCAAACCGCCGACCUUCUGACUGGCAAGCCCAAGAGUCUCAGUGGUUUAGACCACAGCGCCACCCACAUUGCUUUCAGUGGGGCCUACUCCGAAAUAAAUGUGUAUGUGAAUGCAGCCUGACCCAUCCAGUGCUCAGGUUUAAGGCAGGCUACAGUGUUUCUAAAAAUUAAAUAACAUUAAUUCUGUUAAAGUACUUGUUCUAUGCUAACUCCUGAAGUUUUCUGUUAGAGUAAGGUUAGUAUGUGCCACAGGUCUGUUGACCUGCACUGGGAUGGGGUGGGUUAUCCACCAGUCAGUGUGGAUGCCUGUAGGUAAUGCUACCCCAAGCUAUUUUCCAGCCAGCAGUAGCCCACAACAAGCUCCAAAGCAGAACCUUUUUGUUUAUUUGUAGUAUUCAUAUUAUCGCUGCUGUUGUUGUUUUUCUUUGAAACUGGCACGGGAGAAAAAGGGCAAAUCUCUCUCUAUAGAUUGUUCCCAUCCAGUAUUUAUAGGAAUCAAUAUAAUCCAUGAUGUUGGGAGUACAGUGGUACCUCGGGUUAAGAACUUAAUUCGUUCCGGAGGUCCGUUCUUAACCUGAAAUUGUUCUUCACCUGAAGCACCACUUUAGCUAAUGGGGCCUCCUGCCACCGCUGCACGAUUUCUGUUUUCAUCCUGAAGCAAAGUUCUUAACCCGAGGUAAUAUUUCUGGGUUAGCGGAGUCUGUAACCUGAAGUGUAUGUAACCCGAGGUACCACUGUAUUCCACAGUGUGGCAUGAAGAAUAACGCUUGUGUGUGUUUUGUCUUCUUCUCAGUCUGGAGAAACUGCACUCCAUGUGGCAUCUCGGUAUGGUCACGUUGAUGUGGUUCAAGUCUUGUGUAGCAUUGGCUCAAAUCCAAAUUUUCAAGAUAAGGUGAGUAGUAGAGAUUAAGCCUUUUUUCUGCGGCUAAGCAAAACCAGGAUUCCUUCCCAUUCAGUGCUUGAAAUUACCAUGUGGGUUUUUUACUUAGAGUAGAAAUUAGUGGGCCUAACGUUCCAGUUUCUAUGGGUCUCCUGUGAGUAAAACCUAGUUGACAACCACCUAAUGAGGCCUGUAGUCCAUAUUACGCACGUACUAGUAGCAGAUUUCAUUCAUUCAUUCGUUCAUUUUAUUUGUAUGCCACUUUUCCACAAGAACGGGACGUGGGUGGUGCUGUGGGUUAAACCACAGAGCCUAGGUCUUGCAGAUCAGAAGGUAAGCUGUUCGAAUCCCCGUGACGGGGUGAGCUCCCGUUGCUCGGUCCCUGCUCCUGCCAACCUAGCAGAUCAAAAGCACAUCAAAGUGCAAGUAGAUAAAUAGGUACCGCUCCGGCGGGAAGGUAAACGGCGUUUCCGUGCGCUGCUCUGGUUCGCCAGAAGCGGCUUAGUCAUGCUGGCCACAUGACUCGGAAGCUGUACGCCGGCUCCCUCGGCCAAUAAAGCGAGAUGAGUGCCGCAACCCCAGAGUCGGUCACGACUGGACCCUAAUGGUCAGGGAUCCCUUUACCUUUACUUUCCACAAGAAAGCCUGCUCCAGGUGGCUUACAGCAAAGAAACAGGGAUGUACUUCUAACAAGCUACAAAACAAUUUCGUAGUAACAAAGCAAAACAAAAUAUAACAUACCAAAAAGCCACAUUUCAGUACUGUAAAUAUAGCAAGAUUACGUAACAUCAUGCAGCUUCCCAGUGUUUCAUGCAGCAGUCCUUCCCAGGCCCAGCUGAAGAUGCAAACCACGUGCUCUACUGCUGAACUUUGGCCCUUCACCAACUAAUCACCAACACUAAAUAUUAAAAAUGGAUUGAAAAGGCCUGUUUAAGGCUACUUCUCACUGAAUGUUUCUGUGAAUAUAUUAUAAUUGCCAACUUGGUAGAGAAGCAUAUGGGACCCAGUCAGUCACAAAUAUAGUCAUUGCUGAUUUAAUAAAUUGCAAUUCUUAUUUCCUCGGUUUAGUGCAGUCUUAUGAGUUGUUUCCCACUGUGAUUGCUCCAGAAUGGUUGGGACGUCUCAUGUGUUCACACAGAUUGUUGGGCUAUCUGGUCCUAAGUAAAAAUUUCCCCCCUUUUUUAUACCAUAGGGAAGAGUCCCCCUUCCCUAUACCAUUCAUAGCUAUGCUACAUGGGAUUUACCCUGUAUCCCUUGAGUAAUUCACUGCAUGUAUUACUAGUGAUAUCAUCCAGUUUAAUCAUGGUAGUAGUAAUAAUAUUCUUUUCAGUGUUUGUUGAUGGGGGAAUUAACUCUUGGGAUUGUUUGUGAUCUAUAGAUAUGAAACUAAUAAAAUUUGCAGUUCCACAAGUCUGCCGCACAUCAAUUGGGGAGCUGGAACACACUGCUGUUGGAGAUCAUGACAAGGACAUCUGCAUGGAUGAAGCCUAUGCACAAAUCUCCUACUUGUGUGUGCUUCCUCCUUCAGAUAUCGACCCCAGCACAUGGGCCAUUAUGCCUGCUUGAUGCAUUGAAGGGCACUAAUUCACAAAUACGAAGCACAUCCUGUUGAUAACCUUUUAAUGGGAUUGCAACAUUUGCCUAGGAGUUAGAUUUAUUGAGUCAAAAUUGGAAGUGUUGUUUAAGCAUUAUGUCAGCUUUGUUAAUAGCAAUGUUACUAAAUUGUUUUAUAGGAAGAAGAAACUCCUUUGCACUGUGCUGCUUGGCAUGGAUACUACCUUGUUGCCAAAGCACUCUGCAAGGCAGGCUGCAAUGUGAAUGUUAAAAAUAAGGAAGGAGAAACUCCACUCUUGACAGCCUCGGCUAGAGGUUACCAUGAUAUUGUGGAAUGUUUGGCGGAGCAUGGCGCUGACCUUGAUGCAACUGACAAGGUUAGUUAUGGUUGAAUUGAGUCGCAUUUAGCAAGAAAUUGUCUAUAAAGGUUUUGAAUAGUAGAGAAGAGCUUUAAAUAGCUUUCAUAACUUGUUUGGAUAUUGCAUGUCAUUGUUAAUCAUUAAAUUAAGAAGUAGGAUACAGCACUAUGAAAAAUUAAUUAAUUGCAUUUACUAUGCUUAUUUCAUAUAACUGUAUAGUGAUCUCCUUUGUGGUUCAGCUGUUCAUUUUGGGAGACAUAAGGCUCUUCCACCAGAACAUCCCAAAUGAUAGCAAGACUUUUUAAUUUUUAUUAAAUACUUGAAGUAGAAAUAAGAUGGUGAAAAUAUAUGAUGCUCAGCAUACAGAUAGAUUACUAGAAGUUUGCAGUUUCUUCCUUGUCUGCAUCCAGUCUUUGAAGAUUGAUUGAUCCAACUCCGACUCCAGCUUGACCCUAUGAAAGGAUAAUCCAUAGUCUGGAUUGAUGGGCUCUCAUCCAUGGUCAGAGCCCUCUAUCUUGCCUGCAGCAGGAGCUCAGUUUGGUUCUUUAUCAAUCAGAGAGACACUUAGAAGGCAAAGUGGUAAAAGAAACAAGGCAUUUUUAGCUGAAUAAGAAGUUCAAGCUUCAGUCCUUUUCCCACUUUCCUGGGAGUAAGCUGCAUUGAAUUCAAUGUGAAUUACUUCUAAGACAUAGAGCAGCAUAAAAAAACAAAUCAAAAAAUGUAAAAGUCUUUGACAAUAACCCUAGAUUUGAGGCCCCUUUUUGAAUAACUCAGAGAUCUUUUCCCAUAUACCGUAAGCAAGCAAAUGAAGCUUUUAUUUCCAACUUUUAAGUAUCUGAAAUCCAGGAAACUCUAGUGUGUUUGUGAGUCCUCCGUUUACCACAAGGUCUCUUUCCCAUAUAUGAGGUUAGAGUCUCUCCAGCAAAACUCCGCUUACUGUUUAGAAGUGUCACAAUGAGCACAAACUCAGCAGUAUUCAUUAUCAUCAAGACGUACUGAAGGAAGAAAAGUACAAUUCUAUCUCUCUUACUAGAAAUUCGGGGUUUCUUUAAAUAGCUCUUUCUUUUGCAGUUUAAGAGUUUUCAUUGUGAGUCUUACUUGCAAUUCUCUGCAUCCGUACUGUACUUACAGCAAAAGAAUCAUUGUGGAAAGUGGAAAAAUUCAAGUGGUUUUGUCUGUGAUAGAUUCAUAUAGAAAUUUCCUCAUAACCUUCUAAGCACUGCACAAUGCUAACUGAAUGUGCAGCUAAUUAAACAGGACUAGUUUUUCAUGAGGUAGUUUUGAAGUUCCUGUUUGGUCUUUUUCUUGACACCUGUAAGGGAGUAGCUUUCAGUACCAGGGAAAUGUACAUGGGCUAAGCUGUGCUAUUUAAAUCUACUCUUUCAUUUAUCUAGAACAUUUCUUUUUUCAUUUGGGUCCCAAACAAGCCAGGAAAGGAUGUAACUUUUUAUGGGACAAACCAUUUGUACCUCAGUCCAAGGUGGUCACGGUUGAAAACCUAUGGUGACUGCCAUUUUAUCCUAACCGCAACUCUGAAGUUGAUGACUCCCGAUCAUCAAAUGGGCUUCAUGGUCAAGCAGGGCAUUAAGAACAUUCCUCUACAAUCCAGCCCACAGCCCGCUGGACCACAGUGGGCUGGUUCAGAAGUAAAGUGAUAAUUUAGCAUACAAGAACAAUCCUAGCCUCUUGUUCCUGCAUUUCCCUCCUUCUUUGGUUUUCCACAAGGAAGAAUGGAAGCAUCUUUAGAAUUAACUACAGUUUAGGAUGCCUUCUGAAACCUCUAAAGUGUGAUUAAUCUUAACUUUGGUUAAUGAGUUAUUAAGCUGGUUUAUAUUCAUAGUUGACAUUAACCAUACUUUAGAGUUCAGUUGACACACCAAAUGGCAGUUAAUCUGAAAUGGAAGAUUCCAGAUGCAUCACAGUAAUGUUCCUGCUCACAGUCAUGUGAGGACAGAGGGAGCACAGCAGUCCAGAGGGAGGUUAAUCUUGUUCUAGUAAUUUUAAACCACGGUUUAGUGUUACAUCCAACUGCAGAAACUGACUUAACUAGGAAGUUAUCGGGUUCCACAAAGCCCAAAAGGAGCUCUGUGGUGCUCAAAAUGACUGAAUAUUAUUGCAUUUGCUUCUGAUAUAAACCUGUUAAAAAACAGUUAUUGAUUUUGUUUGCAACGCAAGAAACAGCUGGUCAUUCUUUUUUUGUGUGCAUUUAGGACGGACACAUAGCCCUUCACCUUGCAGUCCGAAGAUGUCAGCUGGAAGUGGUUAAAAUGCUUAUCGUACAGGGAUGCUCCAUAGAUUUCCAGGAUAGACAUGGGAACACUCCUCUCCAUGUGGCCUGCAAAGAUGGAAACAUUCCCAUUGUGAUGGCACUCUGUGAAGCAAACUGUAACAUCGAUAUAACCAAUAAGGUACUUUAAAAAAAAAAAAAACACCCAGCAACCCUGCAGUGUUUGUACUAAGGGCUUUUCCAGAUGACAAAUUGUUCCAGCACUGAAUGCACAGUAGGUUUGCACUUGAGAGGGAUCAAACAGUUCUUUCUCCCCCAAAAAAGGCUACAAUUAAAUGAAAACUCCCAUUUUCUGAGUACCGAAAAUGUAAUUGCUAAUCUCUGAGGGAGGAAAGGGGAUAUUUCUCUACAGCUAGUGGUUCCAUUUCAAGAGUGAAUGCUCGUUGUUCAGUGUAAUUAGUACCUAUUAGGUAGUUCUCAUGAUUGUCUACCCCCCAUGUCCUUUGGUGAAUUUUAUAUUAUUUUAUUUGAAUAGCCUCAGUAUCCAGAGAAUCCCUCGUCUCUUCACAUACUAAGCUAAUAUACUUAUAUAGUGGUACCUCGGUUUACGAACUUAAUCCAUUCCGGAAGUCCGUUCUUAUACUGAAACCGUUCUUAAAACCGAGACGCACUUUCCCUGAUGAGGCCUUCCGCUGCCGGUGCCCUUCCAUCGUUCGGAGACUGAGGUAAAGUUCGCAAACCAGGACACUACUUCCAGUUUUGCGGAGUUCAUAAACCGAAUCAUUGGUAAACAGGAGUGUUCUUAAGCUGAGGUACCACUGUAUCUUCUAGACAUGUAUUUUUAUUUCCUCAUGCCAGGUUAAGUCGCCCUUCAUUUUAUUUGCUGAGAAUCUGAAUUUGACACAUACAGUGGUACCUCGGGUUACAUACGCUUCAGGUUACAUACUCUUCAGGUUACAGACUCCGCUAACCCAGAAAUAGUGCGUCAGGUUAAGAACUUUGCUUCAGGAUGAGAACAGAAAUCGUGCUCCAGUGGCGCAGCAGCAGCAGGAGGCCCCAUUAGCUAAAGUGGUACCUCAGGUUAAGAACAGUUUCAGGUUAAGAACGGACCUCCGGAACAAAUUAAGUACUUAACCCGAGGUACCACUGUUGUCCCAGUUUACACAAAAUUCUUCAUACUGUUCUUGUGCAAUCAGAAAUUUAUCAGUGCAGUUUUCGGUUCUGACAUUAUAGAGGCAUAUAGACCCCUUCAAGCUGUUUUUCAGCAACAUUGCCUACCCACCUCCUGGCAGGUUGGCCACUCACCUUCUGGCAGUGCUCAGCUGCUUCUGAGGUAGCAGAAGCGAGCAAGAAAGUUGAUGCAUUAAGCAAACUAGUAAUUAACUGGGGAAAAGGUGCAUUGGUGAUAGGUAGCAUGUGGGUGUAAGGAUGCUUUUAGGUCCUAAGGUGGAAAGGCUUAGAUCCCUUAGACAGCUUCUCAUGUUUUAUUUUGCUUCCAUGCAGCUGGUAAAUAAUACAUCUCAGCAACUCUUGUUCCUUUGUGCAUUAGAAGAUUGCUGUUAAUUGCAUUGCAAAAACAUUGUAUGCCUCUGUAGUGUUGGUGUUACUUCUUUCUGAAAAUGGCUCAGCAGUAUGUGGGAAAGCGAAAUACAGUACUUAGCAGGUUUGACUCUUGUGACUUUCCAUGUAGGAGUUUGUAGAACUUCAGGAUUUUUCCUGGUGCUAAUUUCAAUGGCUUUAGAGAUCCUAAAGCUGACACACUCUGUGUGUAUAGGUAGGGAGGGAGGCAAAUCUUGGAUUCUAUAAUGCUACAAAAGUGAAGGAUAUUUUGAAUAAUGCAGCUUUUAUAUGACACAAAUCGGUUCAAUUCAAGAGUCCUUGCAUUCCUUUCAAGGAACAUUGUAAUAUUGCAGUUACAGCCUGACCACCUAAACACCCUUCAUGACCUUCUGUGCUACAACCCACCAUGGAAAGUUGCGGGUUUUUGGCUGACCCUGUGCAGUCAUUUAUUUGGAUUAUUUUUAAAUUUAAGUGUCACCAGCUGCCAAGUAAAAAGCUUAUGAUAAUAAGCCCUCUGCCCUCUUGCGUUAGCUUAAUCCUGACUGAUUGAGCAAUUAAAUGCAGAACCAUGAUAGAAAUUCAGUUUUCAGGGAAGCAGAGUUAAUACAGCUAAAGGCUUGACUUUAUGGCUGAAAAUCUUCUACUGGUCUCAGUGGCUUGGCACCAGUUUCCCCCUGGGGAAAAAAGCAAACCCCUCCAUCUAAAGAGGUCAAGUAGUUUCGUUACACAUGUAUGAUCGUUUGCACCUUAAGCUCUUUCGGUUUGUGACAUCAUUAGAUGCCAUGAAUUUUAUUCAACUAGCUUGUUCGACUUUGAGCACAAAACAUUCUGUAAAUCAUCUUCACAAUCAAAUCUUUUGACAAGGAAUAAUGGACUUAAUGAAGCAUCCAUUCUGGAUCCUUAAACGUGACAUUAAGCAGUUUAUUGGAUAUGUCACUGUCUUGUAUAGUGUCAGGUAAAUAAUCUGUUCAGCCUAGUGGAGAUGACUCUAACUGACAGGGGUUCUGCAGAGUUUGGGAAAAAUAUUUUCCCCAGCUCUUCAGUUGAAGAUCCUUUGACUGGAGAUGCCAGGAGUUAUAAAUGCAAGUAGUUCUCAAACUCAAGCUCUUAUUAACUUUCUUUCUUUGCUGCUUCUCCAGAUUAAUUAAGGAAAGGUGAAAUAUUACUGUGCAUGUGCUCUAAAAGGUCAUAAUAUUUGAUGAAAUUACAGCAGCACAGAUAAGGUAAUAUCACUAAGCAGCUUUGCCCAGAAGGUGCACAGAAAAUGUGUUAACCAAGUAAAUGUUCAUUCUGUGUCUGGCGGUAAAGCCAGGAUUUCACAAAAACGAUGGAAGAAGUAACAACAUACAUGGUUCUAAUUAUCCUACAAAAAGAACACAGACUUGUAUGUAAUUUGCAACAACUUCGUAUUUUAGAAGUAAAACUUCCAGAAGCCUUAAUACAAGCUUUAAAAUAUGCAGACACUUGUGUUUCUGCACUCCUAUAGAAAUCCCUAAAUUAUAUAGUCAUAGCAGAAUUUUGUGUGUGUGUGUGUGUGUGUGUGUGUGUGUGUGUUGCCACCGCUGUUUUAGAUGCUUUCCCCCCUCUCUCCACCUCCCCCCCCCCCGAGAAAAUGAGAGCUGCCUAUAGAAAACAAUGCAGAUAUCUAGGAUUUUAGUACUGGGCAGUAGAGUGCCCUCAAGCAAAAGUUAUCAACAAGUGUAGGAAUUCCUUUAAUGUGUUUAGUGUGAAUCCAUAGUUCCCCUCUCCAGACAGCAAGAUGAAUUACUAUAGUACUGUGACCUCAACAUUCCUUUCAGAUGUUGUUUCUAAACACUGAUUCAUGGAAGUUUUAAAGGUUUCUUUAAGGAGGAAAAAGUAAGUAGGCACCACUGUAAAGUUGUUUGCUUCUGCUGAAGAUUAAGCCUUGGGAGUGCACUUCUUGGGUUACAAACCGCCUUGCUAGAUUAUGGUGUGCUGAAUGGUUUAGUCACUAAACUGCAAGAGGCAUGAUUAUAUCAAACUGGUAUAUUGAGAGGCUCCUAGAGUAUGACCCUGUUCAGAUACAAUGCUGCACACAAGGAGCCUUGGUCUUGCAAACUCCCACUUCUCCUUUCUCUCACAUUGCCAAGAGGAAGCGUUUGAAACCUUUCACUUUUGCUCAACUACAGCUACCCACUUCGUUUUAACCAGGAAUCGAAGUUUAAUACGAUCCACUUUAUCCAGGAAUUGUAGUUUAAUACCAUAUGGUCCAGUUUCAAAACAAGCUAACUUCAAACCAUGGUUCAGGAAAUGUGACGUCUUUAAACCAGCCGCAGUUAGUGAUAAACUUUGAUUCCCAGUUUGGGGAAAAAUAGGAAACUGCUGUUCACCAAACGCCUCCUUUCAGCUGCAUGGAAGGAGGACUGAGUGCAAGACCAUGUCUCUGUCUGCAAGCCAAUCACAACAUUUUAAUAUUUUGACUGGAUUAUUGUUUCAGCAAAGUCUUAUUUUAUAUUUUAUAGUAUGGUAGGACACCUUUACAUCUGGCAGCGAACAAUGGAAUUCUCGAUGUUGUCCGGUACCUUUGCCUAAGUGGAGCAAACGUGGAGGCGUUAACUUCUGUAAGUAUGACCUAGUAUAUGGGUUUGGCAGUUAUCUGAAAUCUUCCCCUCCCCCCCCCCCACACACAAAGAGCUUCUGAGCUAUAACACUUAGGUUUUUAAAAAAUCUUACACACAAUAUACAGGCUUUUCUGACACUAAGCCUAAAAUAAUUUAAUUUGGAAUGCGGUUCCUAGCUUAGCAACAGUAUUCUUGCUCAGAACCCGUCUACUUCGUUUCCAGUAACAUGUUAGCUAUUCCCCUGACAAUGUGUGUUGAAAACCUAUAAAUACAAUAUUUAGGCCUUUUUGAAAGUAGUACCUCUGGAAAGCUUUCGUGCUAAAAAUAAGAAGGAUAAUUCACAGUGUACUGGCAUGUGUGGGAGGCAGAGUGAAUGGAUCAGCAAGCUUGCAGGUGAACUUGUAAAACAAUUACUGCUUGUCCAACGGAUCUGCGCCACUGCCUCCAAUCAGCACCACCUGCUGUCUUUUCAGCUCUCACCAGGGUUGAGUAAUGUUCCUAAAACUGACCUUCUUGAAGAACCAAAUAGCUAUCACACACAUCAUUGCCUGCACUUUAACUAAGUAACAUGUGGGGGUUUUGGGCAGGAGGUGCACAGAGCUUGCACCCAAAAUGUGUGCCCCUCCCCUCAGUCUACCUGCCGAGUUGUCAGGGCUCUCCUGCUGCAAGCCAAAGAGUUUUAUGUCGUAGGCUCACAACAUUGCUGUAAAGAGAAACAGAAAGAGAGAAUGUUUGCGUGCAAUUUAUGUGCCUGUAUUUUUCAUCUUUGUUGGAAGCCGCCCAGAGUGGCUGGGGAAACCCAGCCAGAUGGAUGGGGUACAAAUAAUAGGUAAAGGUAAAGGGGACCCCUGACCAUUAGGUCCCGUCGUGGCCGACUCUGGGGUUGUGGCGCUCAUCUCACCUUAUUGGCCGAGGGAGCCGGCGUACAGCUUCCGGGUCAUGUGGCCAGCAUGACUAAGCCGCUUCUGGCAAACCAGAGCAGCGCACGGAAACGCUGUUUACCUUCCCGCCGGAGCGGUACCUAUUUAUCUACUUGCACUUUUAUGUGCUUUUGAACUGCAAGGUUGGCAGGAGCAGGGAUCGAGCAACGGGAGCUCACCCCGUCGCAGGGAUUUGAACCGCCGACCUUCUGAUCGGCAAGUCCUAGGCUCUGUGGUUUAACCCACAGCGCCACCCACGUCCCGUGUGCAAUUUAUGUGCCUGUAUUUUUCAUCUUUGUUGGAAGCCACCCAGAGUGGCUGGGGAAACCCAGCCAGAUGGGUGGGGUACAAAUAAUAUAUUAUUAUUAUUAUUAUUAUUAUUAUUAUCAUUAUCAUCAUCAUCAUCAUCAUCAUCAUCAUCAUCGCCCCUGCAGCACUUGCAGUGAUUUAAAGCUAAUUCACAUAUUCAAAGGAAUCUCCAUGAACUGUACUGCAGAGCAGGGAAAUAAAGUGGCCUCAUUUUGAAGAUUUUAACUUUUUACUUGGAACCCAGAAUCCAGAAUAACUCCACCUAUGUCCACACUUGCAUGCACGCUAGCUAAUAACAAUUAGAAUUACUACUUGGUCAGCAUCAUAAGGUUGUAUUGAAAAACUGGGGGGGAGGGGAGUUUGCUUUUUUCAUUCUUUCACCACACUCUUGUGUUUUAUUUAAUGGAUGGGUAUAAAGUGCAUUCAUUUAAGUGGCUUAAGGGAUAUGUGAUUAUGGAAGCAUAGUUUUGGAUAGAUGAGGUAGCACUGUGUCUUCAAAUGGUUAGCAGAAAAGAACCACUUUGAGUUCCAGUAUUUUGUUGAUCUUGGUGGUCUUAAUUGAAGACAUGCUAACACACUUAUCAGAAGGACUGCAUUAGCUCUCCUUGCUUAAAUCGAAACUGCAGUUCUGUGUCAGAAAAGAUUGUAAAUACAGAAUGGGUAGGUCCUCAAGGUAUAACAGUUGCAUGAAUGCAGCCCUAAGAAGCUAUUGCAGUAAGCAAUUUUUCUUAUACUUCAUUUCACAACAAACUGCUGACUCAUGGAAUGUGGGUAAUUAAAAGUCAAACGCAGACUGCUGAAGACAGAUUUGCUCCGCUCCUGAGUUUGCUUAAGCUGUUUAAAGCUGCGCUGUCAUCUUCCCUGCACUAACACCUCCCAGAGAUGAUAGACAAAGUAACCAAGUAAUUCAUUUCCCCCUCUCUAUUUCUCAUAGCUAUAUAAACACAAUUCUUGAUUUCUUGCAUCCUAUUUAAAUGAGCACCAACAGAUCAUCCUCGUUGCAUUUUAAAGAUUCAUAUUGUUCAUGUGCAGUAUUAGGAACACAUGGCUUGGAAAAAGCAUUUUGCCUGUUUCUUUGUAAAGACGGGAGCAAUCAUGCUGAAAGUGGUAAAAAAAAAUGCUUCAAGUGUUUCUGUAAUAUCAGGAUGCUUCUAUAAAAGAAGCAUUAAGAGAAAAAAGAACAGAAAGAGAACAAAAUAGAGAUUCCAGCUAGGAGGUCCUUGCUAUUUCUUUCCUUAAUCCAUUUGCUUCUGACAUAAUUUAUUUUCUUACCACCCUGAGGAUACUGGAACAUUUUUGUUUCUGUUUUUCUCUUGUGGGCCAGAAGUCAUUGGAGCUAAUCACUUGUCUUCUAACAGGAUGGAAAAACAGCAGAAGACCUGGCUAGAGCAGAGCAACACGAACACGUAGCCAGUCUGCUUACAAGAUUAAAAAAGGUGAGGAGAUGAGUGAGGAAUCGAGCUUUAUUUCGCUUUUUCACUUGGACCUAAAAUAUUAUGAAAAAUAAUAGAUUAAAAAAAAAAUUAGUAAUGGUUUGUAAUUCAUUGACAGAUAUCACUUUAAUUUUAACAAAAUCCCCUAAGGCUAAAGCAUUCCCUUUUCCCUAGAGGAAAGCAGGGUCGUAUCCAGCAAAGUUGUCCCAUUAGCACAGAGGCUUCCCCUUGUGCCACGGGGCUUUGUCUCCCCUAUCCCUCCCGUCAUUCGUUAUAUUUCUGCUACUUGAAUCAGAAUACUAAUUCCUGCUCAACUGCUUUACUCUGGAAAAUAUGGGGUGUUUAAAGAAGUAGAAGCAUUUUGAUGUUUGGCGUUUCUCUUCACAACUACGUGUUUGUUUUAUUCUUUGCUUUCGCCUUAUAGGAUACACACAGAGCACUUUUCAUCCAGCAUCUUAGAGCUACUCAUAAUCUGCAGCCGAGAAUAAAACUUAAGCUUUUUGGACACUCAGCAUCUGGGAAAACUACUCUUGUGGAGUCUCUGAAGUGUGGGCUCCUGAGGAGCUUUUUCAGAAGGCGCAGGCCAAGGCUUUCCUCUACAAACUCUGUCCGGUUUCCCCCUUCACCUUUAUCUAAUAAGCCAUCAGGUACCAUUUUAAGGCUUUUUAUGUUGUCGCUCUUAAUAGUCAUUGUUUUUUACCUCAGUGCAUUGGGUCAAAAAAACUCGUCUAAUACACACAAAAAUACGGUAUCUAGCAAGCCCCGCCUUCCUGCAGGAAGGCUAGUCUUCUGUAAACAUACUAGUUUACAGCAACUGUUUUAAUUUGUGGUGUUCGUGCUGGGCCUAAUCUAGUUACAGUAAUGCAAUGAUCACUUUUCAUGCAAAGCUGCAGAAGGCAUAAGAGUAGCCUUCCUGCAGGAAGGUGGGGCUUGCUAGAUACCGUAUUUUUGUGUGUAUUAGACGAGGGUUUUUUGACUCAAAAAUCCUGUCAAAAACAGGGUUGUCCUAUACACGGAUAGUGGCAUGGGGGGGGAGAGAAGCAGCGCACCCGCCAGGCAGCUGGUUGGCGGGCACACAACUUCCCCCGAUGCUGCUGCAUGUGGGGAAAGAUCUAGGGAGUGUUUCCUGCGUAGAGGGAGAAGCUCAACAAUUUUGGGCCAGCUCCCCUCAUUUUCUUAAAAUUGAGUCCCCAAAAAUUAUACAGUCAUACGUCACGUAGGACACUUCAGGUUGCAUUUUUUCAGGUUGCGGACUACCAAAACGUGGAAGUACCAGAAUGGGUUACUUCCGAGUUUUGGCAGUCGCACAUGCGCAGAAGUGCUAAAUCGCGCUUUGCGCAUGCACAGAUGCACUGACUCACUACCCGCGUGUGCGCAGACGCGGGUUGCGAACGUAUAUCCCGCACGGAUCACGUUCGCAACCCAAGCGUCCACUGUACAUGAGGGCGUCUUAUAGAUGGAAAAAUACGGAAAAAUACGGUGCAUGCCAGCUUUAAAGAUGGCAGGUGUUAAACUCUUGAAAAGAAAUGUUUUGGGUCUUUUAGAAGGAAAGGCCCACAAAAUGGCAGAGCUUUGCUUGGGGAGUGGAGAUGGUCUGCACCAAUCAUUUUUGGCUCUUGACAUUUUAUAUUUCAGUAGUACACUAGCAUAGUACUUGGUUUCUAACAAGAGUGGAUGCACCACUGUUCAGAUGGAUGAGAAUGCUUUACAGUGUAGCAUUAAAGGUGCAGUUAAGAUAAUACUGUUUUUCAUAUUAAAAUAUGUAUUUAUAUUUAUUUCAGCUUUCCCCAACUGGUUGCCCUCCAGGGCCGUUCUGGCUGGGGCUGAUUCGAGUCGUAGUCUAAAAACAGGGCACCAAGUUUAUCAAAGCUGACUUGCACCUUCAGAAAUGUCAGGGGUGCCUUAAUUAUUUCAACCACUAGAGGAGGCUAAUUCAAUACCAAAAGUACUAAUUAUACAUAUUUACAGUGGAACCUCUGGUUACAUACUUAAUUCGUUCCGGAGGUCCGUUCUUAACCUGAAACUGUUCUUAACCUGAAGCACCACUUUAGCUAAUGGGGCCUGCCGCGCUGCCACCGCACGAGUUCUGUUCUCAUCCUGAAGCAAAGUUCUUAACCCGAGGUACUAUUUCUGGGUUAGCGGAGUCUGUAACCUGAAGUGUAUGUAACCUGAAGCGUAUGUAACCCGAGGUACCACUGUACUAAAUUUGCAUGGUUUCUGUUAAUCCUGAAAAAGUUACGGAUAAUGAAAUGGCUCUGCUCCUUCAUGCUUCCACUUGGAAAAGAUACAGCUUUGCUAUUUAUUAUUCAAAUUGAUGCUUUAUAGGUAGUCUCCUUAAUAUUUAGAUAAUAACAUACAUGUUGAAAUCAUUGAUCUCUGCAGUGAUAAUUGGAGAGGGAUAAAAUAUUGCCCUCACAAGUAAAGUACCAAUGCCUCUACCCCCUCAAAAAAGAAGGUCUCCAACCAUAUGUAAUCUACCCAGCUGUGAACUGGGAAUGACCUCCUUUGGCACCAAGGGGCUGUUCUGAACUGCUGAUUCACCUCUAGAGAAGAUAGGAGGGCUUUGGUUGUGAUUGAUUGUUGUGUACUUGUAUAUCUUAAAGGAGAAUAUUCCAGGCAGCUGCUGAUAGCACCAGCGCCUUAUUUUUGCCACCAACGCUUGAACUUGCUUUGUUCAAACUACCACAAUGGUCUGUCCACAUGGUUUUGUAAUAAUGCUAUUUUUAAAAAUUCAAGGUUUGUAAUCUUCUUUUGCCCUUCUCCUUUUCUUCCUGCGAUCCAGUUUCAGUAAGUAUUACAAAUCUGUAUCCUGGCUGUGAGAAUGUUAGUGUGAGAAGCCGGAGCAUGAUGUUUGAGCCAGGCCUUACCAAAGGGAUGUUGGAAGUCUUUGUUUCACCCUCUCACCAUUCCCACUGCUCAGCAGAUGACCAGUCAACCAAGGCCAUUGACGUUCAGAAUGCAUAUUUGAAUGGUAAAACAUGAACUUAAAUCCUCUUCUUUCAAUGUAACUAAUUGGGUCCUUUGUGCAAAAACGCUUCAGUCUAAAAUCCACUUAAAUUAUUUAUUGGUUUAUUUUGUUAGUUGCCGAACACAGAGCAAGCUCUAGGUGGCUUACAUUGGGUUGAAAAAAUUCAAAAUUGUUUGAAACACCCAUGAAAAAUUAAUAAAAUACAUAGAACAGUGCCAGCCGCCACAGAAAACCAACGAACAAACAUCAGUAACCCAGAGCACAGCUGGAUCAUGUUCCAUCAAGUGUCCUAGGAAUGAGAAAGUGUUAACCUGGCAGUGAAAACAGGUGAUCAUCAUUGGGCAGAGCAUUCUACAGACAUAAGUCUCCCCUAUAGUUUCCACCCUUGAAACCUCUCUAAGAGAGGGCACACUUUAAGCAUACCAGUGCUUUAUCCCUAAUUUCAGGGACGCGGGUGGCGCUGUGGGUUAAACCACAGAGCCUAGGACUCGCCGAUCAGAAGGUCGGCGGUUCAAAUCCCCGCGACAGGGUGAGCUCCUGUUGCUCGGUCCUUGCUCCUGCCAACUUAGCAGUUCGAAAGCACGUCAAAAUGCAAGUAGAUAAAUAGGUACUGCUCCGGCGGGAAGGUAAACGGCGUUUCCGUGCGCUGCUCUGGUUCUCAGAAGCAGCUUAGUCAUGCUGGCCGCAUGACCCAGAAGCUGUCUGCGGACAAACGCCGGCUCCCUCGGCCAAUAAAGCGAGAUGAGCGCCACAACCCCAGAGUCGGUCACAGCUGGACCUAAUGGUCAGGGGUCCCUUUACCUUUAUCCCUAAUUUCAGACUCUCUACCAGCACAAGAAUAGCUUGCGAUAAGGUGUAACGUUUGCUAUGUCAACACAAUAUCUCAAAAAACAUUACCAUUUUAAAGUUUCUUCAGUGUCAGCGUAGUAUCUCAAUCCAGCACUAAUCCUCUGAGAGCCAAGAGAUAUUGGCCAAAGCCAGUGGUGGUAUUACAUUUUCAGCAAAAGCUGCAUUUAUUGAUGGAAUCCCAGAAGUGUGAUUUAACUUGCUGUGUGCUCUGUACAAGCAUCUCUAUGAGGAAUACAAGCUGGGGAGAACCAUUCUCUGUCUGAGGAGAUAUAGGCCCUUUUACAGCCUGCAAAGAAACCCUUAUACGAGGGACAGUCUUCUCCAGGGUAUUCAACGCAGGGUUGAACAGACAUGAUGGGAGCAUUGUAUCUCUAGUCUGAGGAAUUCACUCUGCCACUGAUGAACAAACACUGUGAGGCGCUUACUCAGGGCCAGGUCUAGACUGCUGUUUAAGAAGCUCUCAUUCAGCCAACCUGUACCCAAAGAAAGGUUGAAGUCAUUCAAACCUGCAGGUGUACUAAUUUCAGAUGUUUACUCGUUAUUCUUCAAAGCUUCGAAAAACAGCAGCCAAAUAUUCCACGAGAAGGAGGAAUAGAUUGCAUCUCCGCCGUCGUAGGACACAGUAUUUGUCCAAAGUGCCAGGGGUUUGUCAUAGAAAUUAUGAGCUUAGGAAAAUGUCACAAUUUUUGAAGGAAUUCAUAUAGAUAGUAUGCAUCGGGGCUUAAAUUCCAGCCUGGAAUUAGCAUACUGUCACUACCAGCUGUAGCCUGACAUCCUGUUUAUAUAUGCAGAUUGAGAUUAUUACACUAGCCAAAGUAUUUGCUCAAAUCCUCCAGAUUAAUAAAGAUAACAUUUCUGAAUUACUAAUAUCUGAAAUUAUAAUUCCUUUUAAAAUGCUGAGGGAUUUUUCUAGUGUUCCCGCCUUCCUGAGAUGCAUUUAUUUAUAAAUCCUAUUAAUUAAAGUUUGUAAAAAUGCCUAUUAGUCUCUGGAGGACAGGGAAUAAACAUAUGCUUCUCUCAGCUUCAGAAAAUUUAAAAAAAUAAAAAUUGCAUGAUAAAGUAUUGCAUAAAAUGGCAGUUAGUAAUGAACUAUGACUAUUCUAAUCUCUCUCUGAGUUUACAAUUACACAUUAUUAUUCUACUGUCUUGUGAAACAAAAUGGCCUUUUCUGAUUUUUUUAAAAAAGAAAACCUCCUGUUUUGACACUUUAUAUACUACAAUAAUAUGCCUGUGUAAUAGUAUGCUUCAGAUUCUGUCAAACAAGACAAAACCAGUAAAAUUACUCAUUUAAUAUUUUAGCAAUUAACUCUCUUGCACUGGUCUUAACGUGUACUUCUGGACAAACUACAGCUUUAGUGGUAGAUGUAUUGUGCCAUGUUUUCUAUAGUUUUUACAGAAAAGUUAUGGAGAAAAGUUUGUCUUCUAGUGUAAGACCCAGUGUGGUUAAAAAAAAAAGACUUGAAUUUCUUCAGUGGAUAAACAUGUCUAAUUUUGACUGCAGUCUUGCACCCAGUAUGCAUGGCUUGGUUCUUUGAAAUCAGUAAAUGUAGCUGUGAUCAGGAUUGCAGCCUCUGUCUCUGAAUAUAAUAGCUAAUAAUAAUAAUAACAAUAAUAAUAAUUGCUAUGUAUACUUCAACAACAACAAUAAAAAUGUUUGUAAAGCUUGUUCUACUUAAUGUCUUGAUAAUAUAUAUUUGCUUGUUGCAGGAGUUGGUGAUUUCAGUGUGUGGGAAUUCUCUGGGAAUCCUGUGUAUUUCUGCUGCUAUGACUAUUUUGCUGCAAAUGAUCCCACCUCAGUUCACGUUGUACUUUUUAGUCUUGAAGAGCCCUAUGAAAUACAGUUGAACCAAGUGACCUUUUGGCUUAGUUUCCUAAAAUCUCUUGUUCCAGUCGAAGAAUCCAUAGGUAUGCCACAAGUACUUGAUCUCUGCCAGCCCUUCAACAUGGGAGAGAGAAAGCAGUAUUUCUUCAUGGUUUUGUAGAGCUAUGUUGAACCAUUCCAUCCUUCUUUUUACUCUACUGCCUUCAUACAAAUUAACCUUUUUAGAAUUCUUUGCUGUUCAAUAUACUUCUUAAAUGAGAUCACUGGUCAAAUAUUUUAACUGGGCAUGUUGCUUUAAAGCUGAGUAUACCAACGAACUUAAUUGCUCCAUAUUUUGGAGAAAUAUUAAAUAUAUAGGUUUAGCUAACAUCAUAAAUCUAGCUUCAUUAUGGUAAAUUACUCUUCACCUACUGUGGAAGUUUUUUGGAAGAACAAAGUCAUGAUGUCUGUCUUCACUUCGUCAACAGCAAAGUUGCUGAUAUGUGUUCAACAAAGCCAUUAAUUAAACGAUCAUGGGACUGACGGUUUAACAAAGACCAUAGUGCUUGUUAUGAAUAUAAGAAUAUAAGAUGAACCAGUUAAUUGGUCCAUCUAGGUCAGCAUUGUCUACAUCAAGGUAGAGAACCUUUGGCCUGCCAGAUGUUGCUGAACAGCCCAGCAAGCAUGGCCAAUGGUCAGAGCUGGUGGGAGUUGUCAUCUAACAACACCCCUGGUCUUCAUUGGCUACCAAUGGCUCUCUGAAGUUUGAGACAGCGCUCUCUCCCAGUCCUGCUUGAAUUGAACAUAGGACCUUCUGCAUGCAAAGCACAUGAUCUGCUACACAUUAGAAUGAAUACAGAUCAUAUUUGCGCUGGAACCAAUAUAGGGAUUUGGGGUGUUCUAGAUUUGCACGUGGGACGUGGGUGGCGCUGUGGGUUAAACCACAGAGCUUAGGACUUGCCGAUCAGAAGGUCGGUGGUCCGAAUCCCCGCGACAGGGUGAGCUCCCAUUGCUCGGUCCCUGCUCCUGCCAACCUAGCAGUUCGAAAGCAUGUCAAAGUGCAAGUAGAUACAUAGGUACCGCUCCGGCGGGAAGGUAAACGGCGUUUCCGUGUGCUGCUCUGGUUCGCCAGAAGCAGCUCAGUCAUGCUGGCCACAUGACCUGGAAGCUGUACGCCGGCUCCCUCGGCCAAUAAAGCGAGAUGAGUGCCGCAACCCCGGAGUCGGACACGACUAGACCUAUUGGUCAGGGGUCCCUUUACCUUUACCUUUAGAUUUGCAUAGAAUUUACAAAGAGCACAAAACAGAAACCAAGGAUUGUAUUGGGCAUGCUUAUGUUCCAUGGAAGUCUGAAGUAUGCUUAUCUGUAUUCUGCAUUUGAAGAAUGUAUGUGUUUAGCAUAUGAUGGCCCUUGCUCAUUCGGAUUUUUGUGGUAUUGCCUCUAGAGUAUGUGCCACAAUACAGGUAAUAGCAAUAAAGUUAAAUUCAGUAUUUUCCGAAAUUUGGCAAAAUACUUUCAUCUUAUCAAGAUGAUGUAUAAGCAAUCAGGCUGUACAAAUUUGUGUUCAGUUCUGUUACCUCAUUCAUAUCCCAUUUGUAUCUCUUUCUCUCUCAUUCUUUUUCAUGGUAUCUCCCAGGCUUUCCUUCUUAACUCUCACUUAUGUGAGAAUUCUUUGUUUGUGUAAGUACUGUAAAUUUGCAUUCAUACCACUGUAUGAAUGUUUUUUAGAUCGUUUGUUUCCUGCCUAUAAUAAUCUCAACCAUAGUAUUGUAGACUAGUGCGGUCAGUGGAUGAUCUUUUUAAAAAGUAGCUAUAGCUGAAAAAAAGCAUUGCCCCUUCUCCAAAUAUAUUUUGUUAGAAACAAAAUAGAUGGUUUACAAAGAUUUAUUGUGAUUUGUAAUAUGUCUCUGUUUUAUGACAUGGACCAUCAAUUUUGCUUUGGAAUGAUGAACGUCUGUUUUUUGUGCUAUGAAUGUAAUCACACUAGCCACAGUCAGCCUCUUAAGUUUGGGGAAACAUUUAAUCAAUCCCUGACUUGAGCGCCAGGUUCAGAUAUCACACUAAGCCAAAGUUUAUAGACCAAUAACAAACCAUGGCUUACAGGUAUGGUUUGUUCAUGGUUAAUAAACCGUGGUUAAGCUGCUGGUCCAAGUUAAAAUGGUCAACUAAUUAUAACAAUUUAACAUACCAUAAAAUGUUACAUUUGAACCAUGCCAUUAGAAGAGAAAGCUUUUCCUCUCAAAGUCUUCCUUGUGUUUUUUUUUUUCCUCCUGAAGCAUUUGGAGGAAAGCUAAAAAACCCACUACAUGUUGCACUGGUGGCUACUCAUGCCGACAUUGUCAAUCUUCCGCGUUCUGCUGGAGGAGAGUUCCAAUAUGACAAAGAUACAUCUCUUCUGAAAGAAAUCAGGAACAGGUAAGAACUGUAUUAUUUUUAAAAGGAACGAUUGCUUUUCUAAGAAAUUAGUAUAUUUUAAAACUUGUGUGCAUGUUAGGACCUUGAGAUAAACUUUUUUUAAAAAGAAAAGGCUGUACUUGCAUACAAAUAAAGAAAAUCUACACCUUUCAUUGGACUGGUUCAGAUGCAGAAAGGAAACAACAGAUUUCCUUUUUGAUCUUUAACUAAAGAGAACCAUAAAGCAAAUAUAAAACAGAUCAAAAACAUCAGAAACAAAAGCAGUUAUUGUAGCAAAAGUAAAAAAUACAAAAAUCAGUAGAUAUAAAAAAAAUUUUUAAUGUCUAAAACAAUGGAUUUCCAUUAUGAAAAUGUGGCACAGCAAACUUGAGCUCAGGCAUUCCCUACUUCCACGUAGAAGCAUCUGCUUGCUUUCCAUUUUGAACAAACGUCCAUUUUCUAUUUUGUUUGAACUCUUGAGUCAAACAAAGCAGCAUUAAGCCGUGGUUUUCAGAUCAUGUUUGAAGUGAGCACAGUUAGAGUAACCCACAGCUUUCUUAGUCCGGGCAUAAUGGAAAACCACAGUUAGUUCAAAAUAGAAAGUGGGAAGGUUUCAAUUUCCUUCGCUCAUGCUCAACGUAUUUUCAACUAAACCAGGGCACUGUGUACCACAAAGAUAUGCACACUUACCGUGGGAUAAGCACCACUAAAUUUGGAAGGAUCUGAGUAUAUAGAAAUAGGAUCAAGUUACAAGGUUGGUUUUUUUACUAGAUAUGUGAUACUAGUAGAACUUGCUUCCUCAAACUGCUUCAAUUAAUACAUGGAAUAAGAAUGAAAAGGAUGGAUGCAGUACUGUAAAAUGAUAAACAGGUUCUUUAUUCUUUUCCUUUCAGGUUUGGAAAUGACCUUCACAUUUUAGACAGGUUAUUUAUUUUGGAUGCUGGGGCGUCUGGUUCUAAAGAUAUGAAGAUUCUCCGCAACCACCUCCAAGAAUUACGUAGUCAAAUUAUUUCUGUAAGUCACAUCUUCUUAUUGCAUCCAUUGGCCCAAGCCUCAUGAGAGUGUUUCCAUUUUGAGUGCACCUUGAGUUAUGAAGCUGCCUUGUGGUUAUAAGUAUGGGAAGAAAGGAAGAGAGUUAGAAAUAUGAAUCGAGUACAAACAAGGUCUGUAUGGGAUAAAUUAGAUUCAUUGGCCUGAGUGCCCUCUGGUGGUAAGAAGUAUUAAAUAGAUCAUGAGCCCAUAAAAAUUCUUUCAGCUCUUUCUUACGCCUUGUUAAAAAAAGGGGCAAGUAAAUUUAGAUAGAAAAUAUACUUGUCUCAUUCUGCAGAAACAGCCUAAUAAAUAUUUUAUUGAAGUAUAGCAAGUUUUUAAACAUGUGUCUGCAGUGUUGAACUAGUUCUUCUGAAACGCUUUGGGCCUCUUGAAUUCCAUGUGACCAAACCAUUCUGAACCUUUCAGUGAGAGUCAUCUUUGUUUUCUUCAUUUAUACUUUGCCGUUCCUCCAAGGAACUCAUGGUGGAAUAAAUGAGCUAUUCCACUUUAUUCUCAUAUCACAUGAGUUGCCCACCUACUGAGCUUUAUGGCUGAGUGGUUGUUUGAACACUGGUCCUAGUCCAAUAUUUUAUACAGUAUACCAUAGUGGUGCUCUCGCUGCUUCGGUUUAAUUUUGCACAUCAUUUACUCAGCCACUUUCACUUUCAACAAAUUUGAAAAAGGGAUUAAUUUGUCUGGCAUCCAAUUGUGUGUGGGUUUUUUUUGAAAAAAAAACCAAAGUAUACAUACAGAAGCAUACUUUUCUGUGUAGAUCAAUUAUCUCUCCUCUGCUGCAUAAUUCUUACACUCUCCUACUGCUGGGUUUGCCACCAGAUUUUUUUGGUGUAUAAAAUGUUUCUCACUCCCAGAAUAAGUAUUUAACAAUGCUUUUGUUAUGCGGGAGGAAGGGAAGGAGAAUGUUAGCCGCUUUGAGACUCCUUCAGGUAGUGAUAAAGCGAGAUAUCAAAUCCAAACUCUUCUUCUUCUUCCUGGCUGUCAAACAGGCAUCAGCUAUACAGCUUGUUUCAGUAUGAGUUUUCGCCAGAGGCAGGAUUCUGAAGAAUGCAACCCCUUUUAAGCAGUGUGUGUUGAUUCCUGCUUUCACGUCUUUCAUAGAUUGCAAUGUUGUAGUGAAAAGCUGGUCCUUCUUUGCCAGAACCACUCAGCUAAACUAGUGAUUAUUUCACUGCUCUUUUUCUGCAGUAUAUGCAUGCACUUGAAGUUCAUUCUGUUAACUUGUGCAAAUGGUGCCAAGAAACGGGGUUUGUUUUGUUCCAGAAAGUUCGUGGUGCUGCACAGUUUUUCCAUUAAAAAAACUUCAAGAGCCUGUCUGCUUAUGCCAGUACAGAUUUAAUGCAAGCCAUACUAACAUGUUGUGCUGUCUUUAUGAAACGUUUGUAAUAUAAAAGAAAAGGCUUCUUAACUGUCUUGUCAAAAACUGAGGAAAAUGUACUGUGACAUACUUUCACAUUACAAAUAUAAAAAGGAUGAGUGUUACAGUUAUGCUGUCGCAGUUUGCUUUGGGGUUUGUUCGUUGUUGUUUUUUUAAGAAAAUACAGUUUACAUGAUGCCUGGAGCAGGAGUGACUAUGACUAAGUACUUAGCAUAAUCUGUGAUUUGAUAGCUUCUUUCAUUCUUGUAUUCCUUUACAGAAUGCAUCGCCUUGAAAUGGGAAUGACAGAAUAGCACAGCCUUCACAUUCAGCAGAAUGAGCAUGCAAGCCAGUACUGCUAGGGCUGCAUCAGUUGUGGAAAUAACUUCCACUUCUAGCAUCAUUACCAAUAGAGGAGUAUGCAUGGCCAAAUAGAAUCAAUGCUCUAUUCUUCCGCAUCCAGUGAGGUGUGGCAGAGCCAUGGAGCCAGCAGCCCUCACAGUACUUCAGCUUACCUGGCCAGGUAGAGACUGUGCAGAUGCACCAGUGGCGGCAGCAAAUUGGCUCUGCUGUUGUGUCUGUGUAGCAUCACACCUGCCCUGCCACAGACCCAUCUGGCUAAGCUGUAGUAACCCCAGUCUCAGAAGCGCGGCUCUGUGACUCUGUUCCACCGCACUGGGUCUGUUCCUGCUAGGAUAUGAGUGAUUGAUGGCAUUUUUUUUUUAAGCAAAAAGAUAACAGUUUACCUUCUCGAAUUAGAGCUAAUGUCCGAUCUGGUGUUUUUCAUAGACAUGUCCACCCAUGACACACUUGUGCGAAAAAAUCGUCUCCACGCUACCUUCAUGGAGAAAAGUGAAUGGACCCAACCAGCUCAUGUCACUGCAGCAAUUUGUGUAUGAUGUGCAAGAUCAGCUUAACCCGUUAGCAAGCGAAGAUGAGCUGAGGCACAUUGCCCAGCAACUACACAGUAUAGGAGAAGUAAGUAAACUGCAUUAAUCCAAUUUUAAUUCUGUAGGUAACUCUGCAUUCUUUGCAGCUUGGCCAUCAAAAGAGGUGAAUGAAUUUUGGCUCAGCUUGAUACCCAGCCAUAACUUGUGGUCUGCACUGUCCUUUAAGUGCUGUAUGCCAGAGAACUCAGCCCAAGGAGAAGCUCUCCUCCCGUUCUCAAAUUCAGAUUUUUCAUUGGAUGUAGAUAAUGGACCAUAUGAGAACCUGUAGUCCUCUUACAGUUAAAGCUGCGAUGUCUCCAAAACUAUUCCUUUCUCUCGUAUUUGGAUUUGACUUGUGGCUUUUCUUCUGUUCAACAGAUCAAUAUCAUGCAAAGCGAGACAGUCCAAGAUGUUGUUUUGCUGGAUCCUCGCUGGCUGUGCUCAAAUGUGCUUGGAAGACUCCUGUCCGUGGAGAACCCCAAGGCCCUCCAUCACUACAGAGGCCGUUACACCAUAGAGGACAUCCAGCGCCUGGUCCCAGAUAGCGAUAUAGAAGAACUCAUACAAAUCUUGGACGCUAUGGACAUCUGUGCCAGGGAUCUCAGCAGUGGAACAAUGAUUGACAUUCCUGCUUUAAUCAAGACUGAUAGCCUCCAUAGGUCUUGGGCUGACGAGGAGGAUGAAGUUAUGAUUUAUGGUGGUGUUAGAAUUGUUCCUGUGGAACACCUCACCCCACUGCCUUGUGGGAUAUUCCACAAAGUUCAGGUGAAUCUUUGUAGAUGGAUCCAUCAACAGAGCACAGAGGGAGAUGCAGACAUACGCUUGUGGAUCAAUGGGUCAAAGAUUGUGAACCGUGGAGCUGAGCUCCUUGUCCUGCUUGUGAACAAUGGUCAGGGUAUUGAGGUUCAAGUUAGAGGACUGGAAACGGAGAAGAUAAAAUGCUGCUUGUUCCUGGACUCGGUGUGCAGUACGAUUGAUAACCUGAUGGCCACAACGUUACCAGGACUCCUGACAGUCAAACACUAUCUCAGUCCUCAGCAGCUGAGGGAACACCAUGAGCCAAUAAUGAUCUACCACCCGAGAGAUUUUUUCCGCGCACAAAGUCAAAAGGAGACCUCAUUGACUAAUACCAUGGGUGGCUACAAAGAAAGCUUUAGCAGUAUACUGUGCUUUGGGUGUCUAGAUGUCUAUUCACAGGGGAGUUUGGGGAUGGAUAUCCACGUGUCUGAUCUGAAUCUGCUUACACGAAGGAAACUGAGUCGACUUCUGGAUCCACCUGAUCCCAUGGGCAAGGACUGGUGCCUUCUUGCUAUGAACUUGGGCCUUCCUGAUCUGGUUGCGAAAUACAAUACAAACAAUGGGAGUCAGAAUGACUUUAUCCCGAGCCCAUCCUAUGCUCUUCUUCAGGAAUGGGGAAAUAGCCCUGAAAGUACUGUGGGCACCCUAAUGUCUAAACUGAGGGAACUGGGGCGCAGAGAUGCAGCUGACUUUUUAAUGAAAGCAUCCUCUGUGUUUAGAGUCAGUUUAGAUGUGAAUGGCCAGGAAGCCUAUGCUUCAAGCUGUAACAGCGGGACAUCUUAUAAUUCAAUUAGCUCAGUUGUCUCUCGGUAAAAGCAAACACGAGAAAGCACACACUUUUCUAAUAGCAGAUAGCGACAAAGGAUUAAGUACGACAGUUUUGUAUGUAUUUAUAAGUUUCUACAUUCAUGGGUUGCCGCUGCCUCCCAGCACCACUUUUUAAGUGACCAAUCAUCUUAUUUUUUUACUGUGACCUCUUGCUCUUAUUUUAGUUAUAAAAAGCUGGUGUAUUUCUGGGUAUUUCACAGUUCGUUUCUGAUUAUACAUCGUGCUGCUUAAAUACUGGCGUUUUAACUGGGAGGACUCUAGCUUUUCGGUACCUAGAGGUUUUUAAAGUCAUUUUUCCAAACAGAAGAAGCAUACGUAGUGAUACAAAACUCGUUUCCUAAGUCCUCUCCUUUUUUAUCGUGCUUGUUUAAUUUAAAAACGAAAAAACCAUUUAUAGUAAAACAAUGCUAGUAUAUUUCAAUUUUAACACCAGACUUAGAAAUGAAAAAGUGAGUGCCUUUUGCAGAAGAUAAUGUGGCUAAAAUCAAGUGAUCCUGUUGAAGCUAUAAGACAAUGCUACCUCUAUUUCCCUGUCUCUGCAUGCUGGUUGCUACAAGUGGUGCUUGCCUCUGUGUUUUUCUGGAGUUUAAGAUACUUGGUAACAUGAAAAUUGUUCUGCUGAAGAGCUCUCAUGUUGAAUACCGUGCGAGUACAAACAUUAAGACAUUAUCAGUUUUUAUUUCCGUUGAAGUGGAAUGGAAAAAUUGAAACCCCAUGAACUUGCACCUUCCAUUCUUUCCACAUAUCUCAGGUAAAGAUUUUACACAGUUGUAAAGUUCACCAAGGCACAUAUACAAGUGUUAGCUAAACAGAUUUACUCUUUACUUAACAGUGAUCAUUUGUGCAAAGCAAAUGUUUUUUUCACUUUCAGAUACUAGUGUGCUUAUUUCUUAUACUUGAAAGUUUGAUUUUUAUUUUUAUUUUAAUUAAGGAAAGCAAGAAUUUCUUGCGGUAAGAAAAGUUGGUAUGAGGGAUCAAGACUCUUCUGUUCUGAAAAGCAUGUAAUUUUAAUUGUACAAGAUACAUUAUGUGUAUAUACAUAUACAAUGUAUGUAUAUAUAUUAAUACUGUUUUUCCUUAAUCUUUGUUGUAGUAAAAUUUUAAAGUUUUUUUUACAAAUAAAUGGUUGCCUGUUGCAACUUUUUCAUCAU